UGGAGGGACAGCACGGAGGGAAACAGAACUGCACCUUCAUAGUGUAGUUUUGUUUGAGUCGGGGGGAUUCGAGGCUCGACUGUUCUCAUCUCGGAUUUUGACCCUCUUGGUGGAUAAGAAGCGGCUUCCUGUCAGUUGGGCUCCGUCCCAGCCGUGUGAGGCUCUUCGGGGCACACGGGUCCCGACCAACAUGUCAACACGGGCACCGACGUUCACGCAGCCGCUGCAGAGCGUUGUGGCACUAGAGGGAAGUGCCGCAACGUUCGAGGCUCAAGUUAGUGGUUCUCCACUUCCUGAGGUGAGCUGGUUUCGUGAUGGCCAGGUUCUUUCCGCCGCAGCUUUACCCGGCAUUCAGAUCUCGUUCAGCGAAGGCCGCGCUGUCCUGAGGAUCCCCGCUGUGACCGCCGCACACAGUGGGAGGUUCUCAGUCAGAGCCACCAACGGCGCUGGACAAGCCACGAGCACCGCCGAGCUCCUGGUCACAGCCGAGACAGCCCCUCCAAACUUCCUCCAGAGACUGCAGAGCGCCACAGUGAGACAGGGCAGCCAGGUGAAGCUGGACGUCCGGGUCUCCGGCAUCCCGACCCCUGUGGUGAAGUUCUACCGAGAGGGAGCCGAGAUCCAGAGCUCGGCCGACUUCGGGAUCCUCCAGGAGGGAGACCUGUACAGCCUGCUGAUUGCCGAAGCCUUCCCAGAGGAUUCUGGGACGUAUUCUGUGACCGCCACCAACAGCAGUGGACGCGCUACCUCCACCUCGGAGCUGCUGGUUCAGGGUGAAGAAGCCGUUCCAGCAAAGAAAACCAAGACUGUCACUUCCACAUCUCAGAUUUCACAGACCCGUCAGACCAGAAUCGAAAAGAGGACAGAGGCAAGUUUCCAGGCCAGCGCCAUGAUGGAGAUGCAGGUGGAAGGACUGGAGCUGACUCACAAGACUCCACCCAAAGUUCCUCCCAAACCCAUGUCCAAGUCCCCAAACCAGUCCUUGUUGGUCACCAAAGUGACCGGUGGACGCCAACAGUCGCCGUCACCCGUGAGACAUGUGAAGGCACCAACGCCAACCCCUGUCAGGCCUGCCUCUCCCACUUCAAGAUUCUUAGUCUCCCCCAUCAGGCCAGUCAAAUCUCCCACCACUGCACGCAGGCUGGCAACUUCCUCUGGCGACGUCCUGCCACCUUGGAAGCGGGGAGACUUUGUGGCCGAGACCAGCUACACCAGCAUGACCAGUAUGAGCAGCAGCACCUUCACUCAGUUGGGUCAGGAGGAGCGCUGGGAGCAGCAAGUCACCGGGGUCAAAGAGGUGAUCGCGGCAGAAGCCAUACCUUCUGCAGAAGGAGCCGUGACUCCGGCCACGCUGGUGUCGGGUUUAAAGAACACAAACGUGACGGAGGGUGAGUCGGUGACCCUGGAAUGUCAGAUCAGCGGACACCCUGAGCCUGCCAUCAUGUGGUUCAGAGAGGACUACAAGAUCGAGAGCUCCAUUGACUUCCAAAUCAGCUACGUGAGCGGAUUCGCCCGGCUGGUGAUCCGCGAGGCCUUCGCCGAAGACAGCGGACGCUUCACCUGCACUGCCACCAGCGAGGCGGGAACCGUCAGUACCUCCUGCUACCUGCUGGUUCAGGUGUCCGAGGACAUCGAGAGCAGAGAGGAGAUUGGUGAAGGGGAAGCCUCCGCUGUCGUCUCCAAGAAAGUUGAUGUGGCUGAAAAACUAGUAACCGAAGAAGGGGAUGAGGAGACCAUGUCUCUGUUGAGCGGGGCCGAGCCCGACACCGAGACCGAGACCGCCGCACCCUUCUUCAUCAGGAAACCCACUAUCCAGAAGCUGGUGGAAGGAGGAAGUGUCCUGUUUGAAUGUCAGGUUGGAGGAAGCCCAAAACCUCACAUCAUCUGGAAGAAAAGCGGCAUACCGCUCACUACCGGAUACAGAUACAAAGUGACUUACAAAAAGGAGACCGGUGAAUGUAAGUUAGAGAUCUCAAUGACCUUCGCCGAUGACGCCGGAGAAUACUCUGUUUUUGUCAAGAACCAGCUCGGAGAGGUCUCGGCCUCCUCCAGUCUCCUGGACGAAGAUGACUAUGAAGUCUACAUGAAGAAACAGGAAGCAACCUUUAAGCCCGAAGUGACAGCCAUGGGAGUAGGAGACGUUCCUCCUGUUGUCGUUACGACUAUGGAGCAGAUGACAACGACCGUCAUUUCUGGACAGGAAUUUCAUCUUUCUACCAUUGAGCAGAGGAUCUUGCAUGAGUAUGAGCUCUGCAUUAUGAGGGUUACAUACAGAGAGCUAGUGACAGAGGAUGGGGAGUUGAUGGUGACUGCUUCCUCUGCCGAGGCUGUGAUGCCCACCUUUGACACGCCUGUCAAAAACUACCGGAUCAUGGAGGGAAUGGGUGUAACUUUUCACUGCAAGAUGGCAGGAACGCCCCUCCCCAAGAUUGCUUGGUACAAAGACGGCCAGCGUAUCAGAGCCGGCGACCGCUACCAGAUGGAGGUCCUUCAGGAUGGACGAGCCAGCCUCCGCCUGCCUGUGGUGCUGCCAGAGGAUGAGGGCGUGUACACUGCCUUGGCCACCAACAUGAAGGGAAAUGCCGUCAGCUCUGGGAAGCUCUACGUGAAGCCGUCCAAUGCCAUGAUUCCUCAGCAAUACACACCGCAGCCGGCAAUGCAAAGGAUCAGAUCCACAUCUCCUCGCUCUCUGAGCCGCUCACCUGGACGCUCCUCCAGUCGUUCCCCCGGACGUUCUCCGGCCCGCCGACUGGAAGAGACUGAUGAGGCUCAACUGGAAAGACUCUACAAACCCGUGUUUGUCAUGAAACCUUCUUCGUGCAAAUGCUCCGAGGGGCAAACUGCCAGAUUCGACCUGAAGGUGGUCGGCAGACCGAUGCCUGACACAUAUUGGUUCCAUAAUGGACAACAAGUUGUUAGCGAUUAUACCCACAAGAUUGUGGUUAAAGAGGACGGAACCCAGUCCCUGAUCAUCGUCCCCGCCCUGCCACAAGACUCCGGAGAGUGGACGGUCAUCGCUCAAAACCGAGCCGGACGGACGUCGGUCUCUGUAACUCUUACUGUUGAUGCAAAAGAAACCUUGGUGCGGCCGCAGUUCAUUGAGAAGCUGAAGAACAUCAGUGUGAAGCAGGGCACUCUGGUUGAACUGGCUGUCAGAGCCAUUGGAAACCCGCUUCCUGACAUUGUGUGGCUGAAAAACAGUGAUAUCAUCUCCCCACACAAGCACCCACACAUCAGGGUUGAAGGAACAAAAGGAGAGGCCAAAUUUCAGAUUCCCUCGACAACCGGCUCAGACAGUGCCUGGUACACUGCAACAGCCAUCAACAAGGCCGGCAGAGACACCACUCGCUGCAGAGUCAACGUUGAGGUGGACUUUGUUGAACCUGAACCAGAGAGGAAGCUCAUCAUUCCCAAAGGAACUUACAAAGCCAAGGACAUUGCCCCUCCCGAGCUGGAGCCCCUUCAUCUGCGCUACGGCCAGGAUCAGUGGGAGGAGGGCGACCUCUAUGACAAAGAGAAGCAGCAGAAACCACAGUUCAAGAAGAAGCUGACCUCUAUCAGAAUGAAGCGUUGUGGUCCGGCUCACUUCGAGUGCAGACUGACCCCAAUCGGUGACCCCACCAUGGUGGUGGAGUGGCUGCACGAUGGAAAACCCCUAGAAGCCGCCAACAGGCUGCGUAUGGUCAAUGAAUUUGGCUACUGCAGCCUCGACUAUGAAGCCGCUUACGCCAGAGACAGCGGCGUUGUUACCUGCAGAGCCACCAACAAGUACGGAGUCGACCAGACCUCGGCCACCCUGGUGGUCAAGGACGAGAAGGGUCUCGUCGAGGAGUCGCAGCUUCCCGAAGGCAGGAAGGGAGCACACCGGAUCGACGAGAUUGAACGCAUGGCUCACGAGGGAGGACCAUACGGAGUCACUGCUGAGGAAGAUACAGAUAAAAUUAAACCUGAGAUCGUACUCCUUCCCGAACCAGCAAGAGUGCUGGAAGGCGACACGGCGCGAUUCCGCUGUCGAGUGACCGGCUAUCCGGCCCCCAAGGUUAACUGGUACCUCAAUGGACAACUGAUCCGCAAGAGCAAGAGAUACAGACUUCGAUAUGAUGGCAUUUACUACCUGGAGAUCAUUGAAAUCAAAUCCUAUGAUUCAGGAGAGGUUAGAAUAUUGGCCGAGAACAACCUGGGCUCGGCCGAACACACAGUGAAGCUGGAGAUUCAGCAGAAAGAGGAUUUCAGGACUCAUCUGCGCCGUGCCCCGGAGGGAAAGGCCAUUGAGGUAGCUCCGGAACCAGGAAAGGUACAAUUUGAUGUAGUAAAGUCUGAGACGCCUCAAGAUGACUCUCAGCUAAAAGAGGUGGUCAAGCUGAAGAAGGCUCACAGAAUCGUCCGUGAGAAAGCCACGGAGGAGUCGGAGGAGCUGAGGGGCAAGUUCAAGCGUAGGACAGAGGAAGGCUACUACGAAUCCAUUACUGCUGUGGAACUCAAAUCACGUAAAAAGGACGAGUCCUACGAGGGACUGCUGAAGAAAACCAAAGAGGAGCUGCUUCACCGGGCCAUGGCUAAGGAGGAGGCUGAAAAGAAGAAGGAAGAGGAAAGGAAACUCACAGCUAAAGCUGCUAAACCAGAGAGGGUCAAGCUCUCAGCCAGCAUGGAAGCUCCCAAGAUUCUGGAACGAAUCACCAGCCAGACAGUCGCACAGGGCGACGAAGUCAAGUUCAGGGUCAGGGUCAUCGGCAGGCCCGAACCUGAAUGCCAGUGGUUCAAAAAUGGUGUUCUGCUUGAGAAGUCUGAUCGCAUUAAUUGGUUCUGGCCCGAAGAUCAUGUGUGCGAAUUGAUUAUUAAAGACGUCAGAGCCGAGGAUUCUGCUAGCGUCAUGGUUAAAGCAACCAGCAAUGCCGGAGAGACUUCCAGCCAUGCUUUCCUGCUGGUGCAAGCCAAGACGGUCAUCUCCUUCACGCAGAAGCUGGAGGAUAUCAAUGCAAAAGAGAAGGACACCACUGCCACCUUUGAGUGUGAAACCAACGAGCCUUUUGUCAAGGUCAAAUGGCUGAAGAACAACGUGGAGAUCUUCACCGGAGACAAAUACAGGAUGCACUCUGACAGAAAAGUCCACUUCCUGUCCGUGCUGAUGAUUGACAUGAGGGAUGACGCAGAAUUUACCUGCAUGGUGGUAGACGAGGACGUCAGCACUACGGCAAAGCUCAAUGUGGAAGGAGCUCCCCUGGAGAUUCUGAAGCAGCUGGAGAGCACAGAGGUUCCCGAGACCUACUCUGGGGAGUUUGAGUGUGUUGUGUCCCGAGAGGACGCGGAAGGCAGCUGGUUUCUUGGAGAGAAGCUGCUCUCUCCCAGCAGCAAGUAUGUCAUGUCCUCCCGUCGUGGAAGACAUUCCCUGUCCGUCAAGGACGUCAAGAAGGACGACCAGGGAACGUACGCCUUCAAAGUGGGCAGUUUCAAGACAAGUGCAUCGCUGAAAAUGAAAUUGCGUCCCGUGACCCUGAUGCAGCCUCUGACUGAUUUGACCAUCUGCGAGGGCGACAUCGCUCAACUGGAGGUCAAGUUCUCCCAGGAGAAUGUUGAAGGAACCUGGAUGAGGAACGACCAGCCAGUCUCAGCCUCCAACCGGGUGCACAUUAUUAUUGACAGACAGGCCCACAAGCUUCUGAUUGAAGACACCAACAAGGAUGACGGGGGCAUGUACUCCUUUGUGGUUCCCGCUCAGUCAAUCUCAACCUCUGCAAAGCUUCUCAUUCAGACCAUCGGCAUCUUAAUCCCACUGAAGGACACAAGUGCAGUUGAGGGCACCAAAGCUGUCAUAGAAGCCAAGAUCUCCGCCCAAGACGUCAUGUCGGUCAAAUGGUUCCACAACGACGAGCAGCUGAAGGCCAGCGACCGAGUGCAGAUGGUAGCAAAAGGAGCCAAGCAGCGCCUGGUCUUCAACAGGACCUACGCUUCAGACGAGGGGCGGUACAAACUGGUGGUUGGCCUUGCUGAAACCAGCUGCACACUUGCUGUUCAGACGGUCCAGAUUGUGAAAUCCAUCAAGGACAAGGAGUGCUCCGAGUCCGAGAACAUCACUUUUGAUGUUGAGGUUUCUCACCCCGGCAUCGACGCCUUCUGGACCUUCAACAGGCAGCCGAUCAAAGCUGGUGGGAAGUACAAGAUGGAGUCUAAGAACAAGUUCCACAAGCUGACCGUGAUGAACGCAAUGAAGGACGAGGAGGGCGAGUACAUGUUCGCCGCCGGUGAGAAAAUGUGCAGCGCUUCCCUCACCGUAUCAGGUGGCGCUAUCAAGAAGCCGUUGCAAGACUUGGUGGUGGCGGACUCGCAGACGUCUGUGUUUGAGUGUGAGGUCGCGAAUCCCUCCGCCGAGGGCAAGUGGCUGAAGGACGGCCACCCUGUGGACUACAACGAGAACACGCUGAGCGAGGUCAAGGGGGCCACCAGGCGCCUCAUCAUUGUGAUCACCAAGGCCACAGACGUGGGGGAGUACACCUACCAGGUCGCCACCUCGAAGACCUCUGCCACCCUGAAGGUGGAGGCUGUGAAGAUCAAGAAGACCCUGAAAAACCUGAACGUGGUGGAGACUCAAGACGCCGUGUUCAGCCUGGAGUUGACCCACAAGGACGUGAAAGGGGCGCAGUGGAUCAGGAACGGCAUUGAGAUGCUUUCCAGCGAUAAAUUGGAGAUCAUAAGCGAAGGCACGGUCCACACCCUGAAAAUCAAGAACUGCAGCACACAGGACGAGUCUGUUUAUUCUUUCAAGCUGGGAAAACUGUCUGCAAACGCCAGGCUGAACGUAGAAACCAUCAAGAUCCUAAAGAAGCCAAAGGACGUGACGUCGCUGCUAGGUGCGACUGCCGUGUUUGAGGUGGGCAUUUCGGAGGACGACAUUCCUGUGAAGUGGAUGUUCAACGAGGCAGAGCUGAGGCCCAACGGAAACUACAGGAUGCUCUCCGAGAAGAAGAGCCAUAAGCUCAUUGUCCAGGACGUGGACGGCAGCAAAGAGGGGGAGUAUACUGUGGUGGUGGGCCACCUCCAGUGCAGCGCCAGGCUCAUCGUGGAGUCCCUGCGGGUCACCAAACCCCUGAAGAGCGUCCAGCUCCCAGAGACCCAGGUGGCCACGUUGGAGUGCGAGGUUUCUCACUUUAAUGUUCCGUCCACCUGGCUGAAAGACGGUGUGCAGAUCGAGAUGAGCGAGAAGUUCAGGAUCGUAGUUCAGGGGAAACUUCACCAGCUGAAGAUCAUGAACACCAGCAGGGACGACUCUGCAGAGUACACCUUCGUCUGUGGGAACGACCGAGUGUCAGCAACGCUCACUGUCAGCCCCAUCCUCAUCACAACAAUGCUGCAAGACGUGAAUGCUCAGGAAAAAGACACUGUCACCUUUGAGGUGAACGUCAACUACGAGGGAAUCACGUACAAAUGGCUUAAGAAUGGCGUGGAGAUCCGGUCCACGGACAGAUGUCAGGCUCGAUGCAAACAGCUGAGUCACACUCUGAGCAUCAGGAACGUUCACUUUGGAGACAGCGCCAUGUACACCUUCAUGUCAGGUUCAGCAGUCGCUACAGCCAAACUCGACGUGGAGGCCCGCGUGGUUGAAUUCACAAAACACCUGAAGGACCUGAAGAUUACAGAGAAGAAGAGAGCAACCUUUGAAUGUGAGGUUUCUGAACCGAACAUUCAGGUGAUAUGGAUGAAGAACAUUCAGGAGCUGGAGAUGUGUGACAGAUAUAAAAUUACCUCAGAUAAGUAUGUGCACCGCUUGAUUCUGCCAUCUGUCCGCCUGUCCGAUGCCGGAGAAUACUCCGCCGUGGCCGGGUCAAGCAUGUCCAAGGCCAACCUAGGAGUGGAAGGACGAGACAUCAAGAUCUCAGAGCCUCCGUGCCGAGACAUCACGGUUGUUGAGAAACAAAGAGCCACCUUUGAAUUUGACGUGAACGAGGACGAGGUGGAGGGCCGCUGGCUGAGGAACGGGGUGGAGAUCCAGUUAUCGGCGGAGGAGAGGUUCAACUACGUCACCAUCAAGAAGCUACACCGCCUCACCAUCUCCGAGACCUACCGGAGUGACGCUGGCGAAUACACUUUUAUCGCCGGCAAGAACCGAAGCACUGUGAACCUCCUCGUCAGACUACCGGAGCCGCCACAGAUUGUCCGUCAGAUUCAGGCCCAGGUGGCGACUUUGGGUCGAUCGGUUCGCUUCUCGGUGAAGGUGAGCGGCCUCCCCAAGCCUCAGGUGUCCUGGUACAAAGAUUCCCAGGCACUUUCCACCAGCUACAAGUGCAAGUUCCUCCACGACGAGGACGAGCACACGCUGCUGCUGCUGGAGGUCUUCCCCGAGGAUGCCGCCAUCUAUAGCUGCGAGGCCACAAACGACUUCGGAGAGGCGAUAAGCUCUGCCCCUCUUACUGUGGAAGUCCCUGAGGUGGUCGAAACCGCUCCUCGUGUGACCGCUCCGGUCCUUGAAGUUCCCAUGCGGGACAUCCUGGUCACAGAGGGACAGCCUGCCCAGCUCCAAUGCACUGUCUCUGGAGAAGAUCUGCAGAUAUCUUGGUUCCAUGGUGAUAAAGAAGUCCAACAGUCAAACACGUUCAGGAUAUCUCGCUAUGGCAAAACCUGCCAGCUGGACAUUUCCAGAGUUCUCCUGGACCACGAUGGAGACUACUUGUGUGUGGCUACAAAUUCAGCAGGAAUGGUCAGAUGCUCUGCCACUUUGAAUAUCGACGAUGAAAAAACCUUAGCUAGUGUCAGAAGCACCGGGGCUGAGACUAAACUCAGUCAACAAAGUCAUCUGAAGGCUCAGACUGAGACCUUCAGGUCUGUGUCAGUGGGGCAAACAGAGUUUUCUGAGAGGUCCUCUGUGUCUUUGAGGACAGUUGAGGAUCAGAUGGAGAGCGUGAGCUCUGUGAAGACAUUCUCCCAGAGCUUUUCUGACCUCAAACCCCCUGCCGGCCCCCAACUGCUGACGGAAAUGAGCGACGUCCGGGUGAAAAGCGGCGACAAGGCGGAGUUCAGCUGCUUGUUUAAGGGACAGCCCUUCACUGUGGUGAAGUGGGAUCAUAACGGCCAGAGUGUGCCGGAAACAGACCGGGUGAGGAGCUCUGCUACGGGGGGGCUGUUGUCCCUGGUCAUACAGGGAGUUGUAGUGGCGGACCAGGGUGUGUACUGCUGCACCGCCACCAACCAGCACGGCCACAACCGCUCCUCCGCCCAGCUCACCGUUGAAGCAAAAGAAGCGAAUGUCAAAGCAGAAACCCCAAUCCCUACCGACUCUGUGCCUAAAGUGUCUCAGACAGACAGGGAGACCUCUAGAGGUCCUCCCGACCAAGACCAGCGGGAGCCCGCAGAGAAGCCGGCACUAUCACCUCUAUCUUCCCGGAGAACCCACAGCCUCAUCAGAUACCUGUAUUUCCCCGACGUGGUGCCUCAUGAGCAGCAAAGUCAUUGCCUCUCCAGCUGUCCCGAGUUCCUGGUCAAACUCCCCUCAGAGCUGCUGGUCCGGAACAAAGACGGCAGCUCCUUGAGUUGCCCAAUGAAGUGGGCGCCCAGUCCUUUGGUCAUUUGGCUUUACAAUCGGUUGAAUGUUGAGGAUUCCAUUACUUACUCUCUGAAACACGACGGCCCCCUGUGCCCCGUAAAAGUUAACAGUGUGGGACCCGGACAAAGGGGCUCUUACUCUUUCAAAAAUGUCUGCUCAGCUGGGGAUGCUGAGGGCAGCACGGUGACGUCAGGUUGGCAUCUGCAUGCUUCUGGUCAUUCUGCUCACUCAAGCUCAUUCUCACUGCUUUCCCACACAGCCAACAGAGGCACACUCCUUCACACAGGGACACAGCUUCUUCCACAGGUGCUGCACAUUAGGGAUCAAAAGGAUGCAUUUACGGCAGUGGAGCAGGAACCUCUGACUCAGGUCCAACAGGAAGUGAAAGUAAAACCUGUGUUCAGACACCGGAUCGUCCCGAUAGAGAUCAACAUUGGCAACAGAGCCAAGUUCGAAUGUGAAACUGAGGACGCUCCAAAUGUGAGCUUCAAGUGGUUCAAGGACGGAAACCCCAUCAAAGAUGGUGAAAAGUAUAGGAUCAUCAGUCGCUUCAGUGCUUCCUCACUGGAGCUUCUGAGCCCAAACAAGGACGACAGCGGUGAAUACACCUGCAAGGCAUCCAAUCAGCACGGUGAUGAAGAAUGCUCUGCCUCUCUCAGCGUGACAGAGCACUGCCCACCUGCCUUUAUAACUAAACUUCAGCCUCAGAUUGUGUAUGCUGGAAAGAGGGCAAUAAUACAGUGUGUAGUAACAGGAUCUGCUCCACUGGAUGUUGUCUGGCUCAAAGACAACCAGGCCUUACCCAAAGAGCCUGCACACUACCAAACCUCGUGUGACAAAAAUAAGCACACUCUUGAAAUCCCCAAAGUCAAGCCGGCCGACGGGGGGCUUUACGUGUGCAAAGUUUCAAAUAAUGUUGGGACCACCGAGUGCAGCGCGGAGCUGCGUGUCAUUGACCAGCCCAACUUUGUGAGGACCCUGGGUCCCGUGGCGGCCGUGGUUGGAGCUCCUUUGCAACUGAAGUGUCAGGUAGAUGAGGACACUGGAGUGUCUGUCUCCUGGAUCAGAGAUGGUAGAAAGGUCCACCAGUCUCCAGACUGCAAACUGUCUUUUGAGGAUAAGAUGGUCACUCUUGAUAUCCUAAAGACCACACUGAAAGAUUGUGGGAAUUAUGUGUGCACAGUGACAAAUGACGCUGGGAGUGCAACUUGCUCCACCUCGGUGAAGGUUCAAGAGCCGCCAGUCUUUGUGAAGAGGCUCGAAGCCUCCACAGUGUGGAAGCAAGGCAGCACUGCCCAGCUCCAGUGCUCCAUCAAAGGCUCCCCCGAACUCCACACCUGCUGGUUCUUUAACGGCAGCGAGUUGUCUGCCAGUGGCAGACAUGAGAUUGGGCUAAAAGAUGGUGUCACAACUCUUGAGAUAAAGGAUGUCAUGUUGAGUGACAGUGGGACCUUUACCUGUGAGGUUCUUAAUGAGUCUGGCUGUGAAAGCUGUAGCACUAAAACAACAGUGAAAGAACCGCCUUCUUUCACAAAGGAGUUAACCUCCUUAGAGGUGGUCAGAGGAUCUAUAGCUCUACUGGAGUGUGAGAUUGCAGGCUCUGUGCCGCUUAAAGUGGUCUGGAGAAAGAAUAAGAAACACCUGUCUGCAGAUAAGAAGUACAGGAUUGUGUCACAGGGCUCUCUGACCUCUCUGGAGAUCCACUCAUUUGAGAGUGCUGACAUUGGAGAAUACGAAUGUGUCAUAUCAAAUGAGGUCGGGUCCGCAACCUCAAAGUCAGUGACUAAACAGAAAGAGCCUCCUGUGUUCUCAAAGAGGGUCGAGAGUGCUACGGCAGUUUUGGCUAAUACAGUGAAACUACAGGGGACCCUGAAAGGCUCAGCUCCCAUCACCAUCAAAUGGAUGAAAGACUCUGAGCUGCUCAGAGAUGACGAUCCUAACGUCAAAAUGAUAUUUGAGGGCAACGCGGCUGUAAUGUUAUUCUCAUCUGUCCAGAUAAAGCACGGCGGCAAGUACACUUGCCUUGCCAUCAAUGAGGCUGGACAACAGAAAUGCGAAGCUGUCUUAACAGUUCAAGAACCUGCUAAGAUAUUAGAGAAAGCAGAGUCAAUCAGUGUGACUACGGGAAAUUCUGCUACGUUGGAGUGCAAGAUUUCUGGAAGCCCAGACCUUAAAGUGAAGUGGUUGAAAGACGGCAAGGAGAUGAUCAGUGGCCGUAAAUACAAGAUGACCGUCAAGCAGAACACUGCCGUCCUAAAAAUUCUCUCAGCAGACAAAGGAGACACUUCAGAGUACACAAUGGAGGUGUCCAAUAAAGUGGGGAAAGACCUGUGCACAUGCUCAGUCACUGUUAUAGAUCGAGCCAUUCCACCAUCCUUCACUCGAACUCUAAGGAAAGUGGAUGCGAGUGUUGGUAGCAAUGUUAUCUUGGAAUGCAGAGUUGCUGGAUCUCAGCCGAUUGUGGUUUCGUGGUUCAAAGACCAACAGCAAAUCCACAGUAAUGGCAAAUAUCAACUUGAUUUCAGUGAGAUCACAGCCUCUGUUUCCAUAAGAGGCCUUGAGCAAAGUGAUGGUGGAGUUUAUACCUGCCGGGCCUCUAACGACGCUGGAGAGAAAGAGACCAGCGGUACUGUGUCCGUCAAAGAACCUCCUGUCUUCACGAUGAAGCCUGAAUCCCAGGACGCUUCACAGGGAUCAAAUGUUGUCCUAAAAUCAGCCUUUACAGGAUCAGCUCCUCUGAUUGUCAAAUGGUUCAGAGAGGAGAAAGAGAUCACAAGUGGAGGCUCAUAUUUCAUAAAGAAAGAUGCCUCUUCGAGUUCUCUGGAGCUCAACUCUGUGAAACCCAGUGAUUCCUCCGAGUACAUUUGCCAAGUGUCCAAUGAUGCCGGGAAGGUGGAUUGCACCGCGGUCCUCUUUGUGAAAGAGCGCAAAGUGCCUCCAAGCUUUACCAAAAGGCCGUCUGAGUCCAUGACGGUUUCAGAGGGUAAGACAGUGAAGAUGGAGGGCCGGGUGUCCGGCUCCCAGCCGCUGGAGGUGACCUGGUACAAAGACGACGAGGAGGUCCGUGGUUCCGACAAUUACGAAGUGAGCUUCACAGACAACAUGGCGGUGCUGAGCGUCAGAAACUCCAGUUCCUCAGAUGGGGGCGUUUACACCUGCAAGGCCUCCAACGAAGCUGGAGAAGCUUCCUGUCGGGUCUCUCUGUCCAUCUCAGAAGCAGGCCAGCCUCCUGUGUUCGACGUCCCUCUGGAGCCUUUGACGGUGAGCGAGGGUGAGAAGUUGAGCCUGAAAUGCGUGGUCAGCGGUUCUCCUCCUCUCACCAUCCAGUGGAUGAAGGACAGGAGGGAGCUUAAGUCCAGCGGAAAUACCAAGAUCAUGUUUGAGGGCGGGGCAGCGUGUCUGGAGGUCAGCCCGGUGUCCAUGAGCGACGGUGGAGAUUACCUCUGCAAAGCCAGCAACGCUGCCGGCAGCAGCUUCUGCAAGUCCAGGGUCAUGGUGAAAGGUGACGGAAAAGAUAAAGUAGCAAAAACUUCGCCCAGCGAGGCUGCCGCUCCUGUGGCCCCUGCUGCUGUGGCUCCAGUCAAAAGGCUCGACAACCUCUUCUUCAUCGAGGAACUUCAGAACAUUUCUGUGACAGAGAAGGGCACCGCAACCUUCAUCGCCAAGAUUGGCGGUGACCCGAUUCCCAGUGUGAAGUGGAUGAAGGGGAAGUGGAGGCAGAUCACCCCCGGCGGCCGCAUCUCCAUAGAGCACAAGGGCCAAGACGCCAAGAUGGAGAUCAGGGAGGUCACCAAGUCCGACUCCGGCCUCUACCGGUGCGUCGCAACCAGCAAGCGCGGAGAGAUCGAGUGCAGCGCAGAGGUAGAUGUAACCAAGAAGGAAGAGGCGGCCGGAAUGGGAGACAUUCGGACUAGGCUAAAGAAGACUCCAUCGAAGCAGAAGAGUCCCAAGAAAGAUGAAGACCUCAACAUUGUGGAGCUGCUGCGAGGUCACGACCCCAAAGAGUAUGAGAAGAUCCUGCAGGAUCACGGCAUCCACGACUUCCGCGCCAUCCUGCAGGCAGUGGAGUUCCUCAAGAGGGAGAAGGAGAUGGAAUCCGGAAAAGUGGAGGUGGAACAUGGCGGCCGGGUGGAGGAGGAGGACAUGACCCGACUCCUCCGGGAUCUGGAGGGACGCGUCUGCACAGAGCCUGUCUCCGUGAUCGAGGACAUCAGCGACCAGACGGCGGCAGAGAACCAGAUCGCCGCCUUCGAGUGCCGGAUCCGGAUCAACUACCCGGAGAUCAGCCUCACCUGGUACAAAGGCACCCAGAAGCUGGACGCCGGAGACAAGUACGACAUCAGCAGCGCCGGCGAGCUACACUGUCUGCGCAUCAAGAGCUGCCAGGCAAAAGACCAGGGUAGCUACCGGGUGGUGUGUGGGCCGCACAUCUCCAACGCCAAGCUCACCGUCACAGCAGAAGAGAGAGAACCUGUGGGGGAAUCAGUAGAGAGGACUCAGGUGCAGACCAUAGAAAAAGUCCCAGCAGUUCCUGAGGUUUACAGGAGUCCAGAUGGGAAACCUGGGGCUACGCCUCCCGUCACAGUUCUAAUGAAACCAGAACUCGAACAAGAGAAAGUGAGGGUUCAUCUUCAGCCAAAGACUGAGUCAGUUCCCCAGAAACAGAAGCCUGAAUUGAUGCCUGAACCCGAGGCACCUCAAGUGGAACCUGCAAAGAGAAGACCAGCAGCUUUAGAACUACCAGAACCAGAAGAACCUGUACUUCAGCCGACAGCACCACAGGCUACCCCACCCAAGUCUGAUGCUGUUCCAGCUGAAGUUGUCUCAGAACCAAAGACAUCUGAGCUUGCAAGAAAACCAGAUCUGGUAGAUAAACCUGAGCCAGAAGCACCGAGGUCUGAGACGAAACCCCAAAAGGUUCUGGAAGAAGCAAAGAAGGCACCAGAAGUGCCAAAGAAGGUAGCAGAAGAGCCAAAGAAGGUACCCAAAGUGUCGAAGAAGGUACCAGAAGAGCCAAAGAAUGCCCACAAACUUGUGACUGAACCAACAGCUGAAACAAAGCAACCAGUGCAGAGGCACCAAGCUCCCACACCAGCUGAAAAGCCUUCACAACAAGUAGAGCACAGCGAGAUACAACAGGAAACAACUUCUAAUGCAGCUAAUGCACAGCCGGAGGCGGAAAAACCCAUCAAAGUUCUCUGCAAGACCGAUCUUAAGCAAACAACAGCAGUGCUUGAAGACAGCAGGGAGUCGACUCUAAGGACGAGCAUUCCUCUGUCAGAAGAAGUUGGACAAAAUGAACAGAAAGUCAGUUCUUAUGAAAGGGGAGAAGAGGUCACUGAGUCAACUUCUAAAAGGGAGAUAAGACAGCAAAUGGUUUCGACAUGGUACGGUGGAGAUCUGAAGAUAGAGGACAUUAAGCCAGCAAACACUGAACAUGAGGCCAAGCUGCAGGACACCCAACCUUAUUGCGUAGAAGACUUUCCAGAAGACAAAGCAGUGGACUCUUUGAGGUUCAUCCCCCCACCUCUUAAAGAAGCAGACCUUCUUCAAUUAAAUAGAGACAUCGCACCUGUACCUGAAAAGACUUAUCCCACAAACAAAGAAGUUCCUCAUCCAGACACCGGGUUCACAUCCCAAAAAGAUCUAGCCUUAAAGAUAACUAAAGAAAAAGUCAAGAAACAUGUGGAAGCUGAUAUUCCUUCAACCUUUGCCAAGCAGAGAGACGUCACUGAAUCAUUUGUAUUGGUACUUCACAACAAAGUACUUCCAAUGGAUGAUCUCGUUCAACAUGAGAUAUCUUCUACAUCUAAAGAAAUCACUGUAGAAGAAAAGUCAAGAGUUCAUGAAGAAAUCUCUCUCUUCGAGCGAGCCAAGUCUGUUAAAGAGGAAGAUGUUCCAUUCAUUAGAUCCAUAACUCCUCCACCUGAAAACUUAACACAAGUUCCUCUUUUUCAUCCAAUGACAAAGGUUUCUCCCAAAGAACAAGUAAAAAUCCCUAAAAAGACAGAUUCUACAAUGCUGAAAUCUCCCAAAGCUGCAGCAGAGAUGUAUGUUAAAGACAUAGUACCUUUGGAGGAACCGACUCUUGUGUUUCCUGAAGAAGACCCAGCAACAACAUCUAAACCAGCACAAAGUUCUUCACCUGAGAAGAAAGUAUGUUCUGAAGACGUUUUACCACCAAAAGAACCUGUUCUGCCUCCAUUGAAAGCCUUUGCCGAAGCCAAGGUUGCCCCAACUAAAAGAUCUCAAGUUCCCCUGCAGAAGAAAGCUCUGACCCCUGAAAAAGAAACUCUUCUUCCAAAGCAGUCUUCUGUGGCACAAGACGUUAUCACAACUCAGGUGGAUUCACCCAAAGAAGUAAUUACACCUCCAGCAACAAGAGAAGACGACAAGAAAGCCAUGAAGGGAACACAGGAGAUGCGACUGCAAACUCCUCAGAAAGGGUCUCCUCUGGAGGAAAAGGUACCAACGGCACCAAAGCCUUCUGUUCCUGCUGCUGCAGCCAAAGUAGCUCCUCCUGCAGUUUCUCUACCUGAGGAGAAGACAGAUUCUGCACCAAAGCCAAAGUCUUCACCUGAUCCUCUUGCUCCUGCAGAGAAAUUUGCUCUCCCUGAAGUGUCUCGUCCAGAGGAGAAGAAACUGGCUGCACCAAAGCCUUCACCUCCUGUUGCUCCUGCAGUGUCUCCUCCAGAAGAAAAGAAACCAAAUCCUCCUGCAGUUGGCGUUCUUGUAGCUCAAGUUGCUCCGGUGGAGAAGAAACUGUCUCCAACAGUGAAAAAGCCUGAACCUUCUCCUGUAUCAGAGACAAUGUCUCCGCCCGAAGACAAGGGACCGGUUUCAGCACCUGGACCAACUAAAGCACAAGCUCUUAGGAAAAUGGGUCAAAUCCCAGUCCAGGACGCAAAAAAUACGAAAUCACCAAAGAAGAGGAGUAAGUUCAGCAGCUUACCCAAAGAGACGGAUCCAGUACCAGAGGUUGUUAAGCUGAAAAAGGUUCCAGUGAAAGCUACAGACCCUGAGGGACAGGUUAAAACUCAGAAACCAGAAGGGACGAGGCGCCAAGAUGAAGAACUAGCGGUAGAUCGAGAAAUAAUAACUCUUGGAAGAACUGAGCGAGUCGUCACUGCAGAUGACGAGAAGGCCCAGUUGGGCUACUUUGAGGAGGCUGAAGAGAGAGCAGGUUGCCAGUUCCCUAAGCUUGAAAAAAGAACAACCAAACUGACAAAGGUGGAUGAGCAAAAAGACUCAACCAAACUAAAACCAUUUGAAAAGUCAGAAAAACCAGAAAAAGAACAAGAGAAGCUCAAACUGAAAAAGCCCAAACAGGAAGAUGUAAAUUAUAGAGUUGAAGCAACGAGGCAUUGUGAUACAGAAAUGACUGUUCAGAGUCUGCGCAUUAGACAGAAUCAUGAGGUUUUAACGCUUGGAAGUUUUACUGCAGCCGACAAGGAAUCCAAAAUGGGUCUUUUGGAGGAUCAUGAAAAGCCCAAGGACGAAGAUGAGAAAUCAAAAUGGAGUCAAACUCCUAAAGAGCCAAAAAUUCAAGAACCUGAACCAGAUUUAACAAAAUAUAAAAUAAAUAAGAUGCCAAUGAAAGAGGAAGAGCUGUGUGUUGUGACACUUAAACCAUUUGAAAAGCUUGAGAAACCCGUAAGAGCCGGACCUGCAAAAGCUGAGAACGAGAAUGAGAAGACACGGUAUACAGAUGACAAUACAUUUAGGAGACUAGAGAUGCCUUGUAGAGACCAACCAACUUCUACUAUAACACAAAAAAAAGACCAAGAUGCUCCAUUUAAGAGUCCAGAGGUAACACCUGAGUCCAGCAAAGACCAGAAAGAUAUACCCAAAGUCACCAAGUCUUUAGAAAAGCCACCAACAAAGGAUCCUAGUCAAGCUCAAACUCCUAAAGAACCAAAGGAGCAACAACUUAAGGAAAUCGAAAAGACUGCAACACAUAUAGAAAAUACAGAAAGGGAGAUCCCACAAAAAGAAAACAAUAUCCCGAAAAAGGGGGUUGAACUCAAAAAGACCCCUUCGCCUCAAGUGGCUAAAGACAAGGCGGAGGAAAAGAAGCCCUUCAAACCAUUGGAGCAACCGAAGAGGAUUGAGCUGAAAAAGACUAUGUCAUCAUUAUUUAAUGAGCAAAGACCUAAAGAAAUUGAACACAUCCCCACUGAGAAGAAACCAAAUGAACAGAUUUCGGCAAACGACUCGGUUGAAGCUGAGUUUCCGAAGAAGCCGUCGCCAGAGGUGUUUUUUCAACAAGAACAACCUGGGAGAGCCAGGGUUCCUCUGGUGAAGGAGGUCUCUCCUGGAGCAGUGCAGAUGAAGAAGCUGCCCACCCAGCCAGAGGAGGAGGCUGAAGGGGGCGAGGAAGAAGAAGCCUGGGGCUGGGAACUGGUUCCCACUGAUGACUGGGAAGGCAAAGCAGAUGAUGCGGCGUUGGAGACUCCAGGAAUGCCCGGCGGCAAACGAGAUGGAAAACCAACUGAAGACCCACCUAAAGGCAGAGGCCGAGGACUUGGGGCGAGACAGACCCCGUCUCCUGGUGACGGAGGCCGGGGCCGUGGUCUGAGGCCUGGAGGAAAAGGCCCGUCGCCGCCGGAGGAACCCUUUGGAGGAUUCAAACUGAAAGCCGUCCCCCUGAAGUUCAUCAAGAAGAUCCAGGACAUCGUGCUGCAGGAGGCCGAGUCCAUCGGCUCGUCCGCCGUGUUCGAGUGCGAGGUCUCGCCCUCCACCGCCAUCGCCACCUGGAUGAAAGACGGCAGCAACCUGCGCGAGGGCCCCAAGCACAAAUUCACCUCCGACGGCAAAGACCGAAAGUUGAACAUCAUCGACGUGCAGCUGUCCGACACCGGCGAAUACACCUGUAUCGCAAAGAACGCCGGCAAGGAGAUAUCCUGCACAGCCAAGCUCAUUGUAGAAGAGCUGCCUGUGAAAUGGCUGAAAGAGCUGGAGCCAGAGACUUCCUGUAUGAAGGGUCAGCCCAUGUAUCUGAUCUGUGAGCUGAACAAAGAGAGAGACGUCAUCUGGAAGAGGAACGGCGCCCUCCUGAAGAAACUAGCUGGGAAAAUAGCCAUUAACAUCAUUGGCAUGCAGCAUGCCAUCACCAUUCAGAACGCCACAGAGGAGGACGCCGGCGCAUACACAUGCGAAGUGGAGGGAAAUGAAGAUGUCAAGACAACCACCAAUGUCAAAGUCAUCGAAAUCAUCAAAGACUGGCUGGUUAAGCCUCUGAGGGACCAGCAUGUGAAACCAAGGGCCAAAGCCACAUUUAAAUGUGAGCUUUUCAAGGACACCCCCAACUGGAAGUGGUUCAAAGGAGACAAUGAGGUCGCUCCUUCUGACAAGGUAGAUAUCCACAAAGAUGGAAAGGACGUGACGCUCACCAUCAACAACUGCCAGCCCAACGACGUGUCCGACUACACCAUCGAAGUGGAGGAUCGCAGAUACACGGCCAAGCUCACUCUGGGAGAGCGUGAGGCUGAGGUCCUGAAGCCCCUCUCCAGCGUGGAGGUGGUUGAGAAGGAGGAAGCCAACUUCGACACUGAAAUAUCUGAGGAGGAUGUGGCCGGCGAAUGGAAGCUGAGGGGGCAGGUGCUGAUGAGGUCUCCGAGCUGUGACAUCAAAGCUGAAGGCAAGAAACGUUUCCUGACGUUGAAACACAUCCAGCUGGAUCAGGCGGGUGAAGUGUCCUAUCAGGCCCUGAACGCCGUCACCAGCGCCAUGCUCAGUGUCAAAGAGAUCGAAAUGGGCUUUGUUGACCAACUGAAAGACCUCAAGGUGCCUGAAAAGAAACAGGCCAAGUUUGAAUGUACUGUCACCAAGGAGGUGUCAAAGGUCAUGUGGUUCAGGGGAACAGAGAUUAUUACCCCGGGCCCCAAAUAUGAAAUAUUGGACGACGGAACUAAACACAUGCUGAUUGUAAACAGCUGUGAGUUUACCGACGAGGCUCAGUACACUGUGGAAGUGUUGGGACACAAGUCGUCCGCUCAGCUGGCAGUGGAAGGCAUGAGGCUCAAAUUUGUGCAGCAGCUUCAGGACCAAACUGUGAAAGAAGGUAAAGCAGUUCAGUUCGAACUGGAACUGUCACACGACAACGUGCCAGUGGUUUGGUACCGAAACGAGACGAAGCUCCAUGUGAGCCGAACGGUGCUCACGAACGUGGAAGGAAAGAAACAUACUCUAGAAAUAAGGAUGUUGUCUCUAGAUGAUACCUGCCAGAUAAAGGCAGAGGCCAAAGGGAUUUACUCCACAGCAAAGCUCAAUGUCAUAGAGGGCGAUGCCGUCUUCGUUGUGAAGCUGCAGGAUUACACGGCCACAGAGAAGGAGGAGGUGAGUCUGGACUGUGAGCUGAGCAAAGACGUGCCCGUCAUCUGGUACCACAGCGAGAAGGAGAUCAUCGCCUCCAAGUUGAUUGUCAUGAAGUCGGAGGGAACUCGAAGGUCUCUGAUUCUGAAGAAGGCAGAGCAGAGUAAUAAAGGACAAUAUGUAUGUGACUGUGGAACGGACAAGACCUCGGCCAACAUCAACAUCGAAGCUCGAGACAUCAAGGUGGUCCGGCCGAUUUAUGGUGUGGAGCUUUUUGACGGAGAGACGGCUCGCUUCGAGGUGGAGAUCUCUGAAGAUGACGUCCACGGCCAGUGGAUGCUGAACAGAGAAGUCCUCAGCCCUUCUUCUGACGUGGACAUCAUUGAAGAGGGCGGCAAACAUACGCUCAUUCUGUACAACUGUAAGCUCUCCAUGACCGGUGAGGUGGCGUACACCGCUGCCAAUGCCAUCUGUUCUGCUAACCUAAAGGUCAAAGAACUUCCUCUGAACUUCCUGACAUCGCUCAGUGACGUUCAGGUGUACGAGAAAGACGAGGCGAGGUUCGAGCUGGAGCUGUCCAGACCCCCAAAGAGUUUCCGCUGGCUGAAAGGUCCUCAGGAGCUGCAAAGCGAUGACAAAUACGAGAUGAUCCAAGAGGGAAACAUGUAUGCUCUGGUGAUCCGAUUGGCCGCCUACGACGAUGAGGCCAAGUACAUGUUUGAAGCAGAGGACAAGAGGACGACGGGCAAGCUUGUCAUCCAAGGUAUUCGCCUGGAAUUUGCUAAACCAAUCAAGGACGUGACUGUGAAGGAGCGGGAAACGGCCGAAUUCAGCGUGGAGCUCUCCCACGACAAGAUCCCGGUGGUCUGGUACAAAAACGACAUCCGCCUUCACCCCAGCAAGGUGGUGCACAUGUCGGAUCACGGAAAGACCCAUGUGCUGGCCUUCAAAGAGGUCACCAUCGACGACACGUCCAUGAUCAAAGUGGAGGCCAUGGACAAAAGCGUGACUGCCAUGCUCACCGUGCUCGAGGGCGAUCUCUAUUUCACCACCAAGCUGCAGAACUAUACCGCCGUGGAGAAGGAUGAGGUGAAGCUGGUUUGCGAACUGAGCAAAUCCGUUGCUGAUGUGAAAUGGUUCAAGGACAGCAAAGAGAUCAUUCCCUCUAAGAACAUGGCCAUCAGCACCGACGGGAAGAAGCGCAUCCUAACGGUCCGGAAGGCAGAGAAGACCAACAUCGGAGAGUACACCUGCGACUGUGGCUCAGAUAAAACCACAGCCAACCUCAACAUUGAAGAGCGCGACAUCAAGGUCGUUCGACCACUUUACAGCAUUGAGGUCACAGAGACGGAAACGGCCAAGUUUGAGACAGAGAUUUCAGAAGAAGACGUCCAUGGGAAUUGGAAGCUGAAGGGAGAAGCUCUGCACUCGUGUCCCGAUGUGGAGAUUAAGGAGGAGGGAACCAAGCACAUGCUGAUCCUCUACAACGUCCGGAUGGACAUGGCUGGAGGCGUCGACUUCUCAGCAGCCAACGCCAAGUCCAAUGCUCAGCUCAGAGUAAAAGCUCGGUCCAUUGGUGUGCUGCGUCCUCUGAAGGACGUGACAGUGACGGCCGGGGAGACAGCAACCUUCGAGUGCGAGCUGUCUUACGAAGGUAUCGUGGUGGACUGGUUCCUGGGGGGUCAGAAGAUGGCGGCGAGCGACCGGGUGAAGACUCGCGUGGCGGGAAAAGUUCACACCCUGACCGUCAGAGAGGUUGCGCUGUGCGAGGCCGGAGAAGUCAAACUCAGCACCAAAGACUUCCAGACGCACGCUAAGCUCAUCAUCAGAGAGCCGGCGGUUGAGUUCUCCAAGCCUCUGGAGGACCAGACGGUGGAGGAGGAAGUCACCGCCACGCUGGAGUGUGAAGUCUCCAGAGAGAACGCAGAGGUCCAAUGGUUCAGGGACGGACAAGAGAUCAGGAAGACCAAGAAGUACGAGAUGAUUGUAGACGGGCGCAAGAGGGCGCUGCUGGUCCACGACUGCUCUCCGGACGACUCCAAGACCUACACCUGUGAUGCCAAAAGCUUCAAGACCUCCUGCUUCCUCAAUGUGGAACCUCCUCAAGUGGAAUUCACCAAGCCUCUGCAGGACGUGGAGGUCAAAGAGAAGGAAUCGGCUAAGUUUGAAUGUGAAGUGUCCCGCGAGAUGGCCAAGGUCCGCUGGUUCAAAGACGGCAACGAGAUCCGGAAGAGUAAGAAGUACGAGAUCCUGGCUAAGGGGGUCCAGAGGACCCUCGUUGUCCACAAGUCCGCCUUCGACGACGAGGCUGAGUACGAGUGUGACGCAAGAACCUCAAAGAGCUCCGCCAUGCUCACAGUCAUCGAGGAGGCAGCCCGGUUCACCAAGAACCUGUCCAACGUAGAGGGCACAGAGACAGACAACGUGAAGAUGAUCUGCGAGGUCUCCAAGGCCGGCGCCGAGGUCACAUGGUACCGGGGGGAGGAGGAGUUGCCCGAAGGAGGGCGCUAUGAGCAUGUGGUGGACGGACGCAAGAGGAUCCUUAUCAUCCAGGACCUGAGGAUGGAGGACGCCGGAGACUACAACUGCAGGCUGAGCACCGGUAUCAAGACCUCUGCCACACUCAAGCUCAAUGAGCUGGCGGCAGAGUUCAUUGCCCGUCCUGAGAACCAGGAGGUGGUGGAGGGCGAGAAGGCCGAGUUUGCCUGCUCCGUAUCCAAGGAAACCUAUGAGGUGAAGUGGUUCAGAGGAGACAAGGAGGUGGAAGCCGGGGACAAGUACACCGUGAUCAGCGAGGGAAAGAGGAGAGCUCUAAUUGUAAAAAGCUGUGAGAUGAAAGACGAGGGAGGUUACGUCGCACACAUUGGUGGUGUGAAGGCGUCCGCCGACCUAUUCGUAAUUGAGAAACUGAGGAUCAUCACACCCAUCAAAGACACGGAGGUGAAGGAGGGAAGUGAGAUUGUGUUCAACUGCGAGACGAAUGCAGAGGGAGCAAAGGCCAAGUGGCUGAAGAACGAGGAGACGAUAUUUGAGAGCGGCAAGUACGUGAUGGUCCAGAGGGACAACGUGUUUUCUCUGAGGAUCAGAGACGCCCAGAAGGGAGACGAGUCAAGCUACACCAUCACCCUGACCAAUCAGAGGGCGGAACACGCAAAGAGCACCGCCAGCGCUAGAGUGACCGCGGAGAAGCUGAGGUUCCUGGAUCCCAUCGAGGACGUGGAGACCCAGGAGAGGAAGACAAUCAGCUUUGUGUGCAAGGUGAACCGGCCCGAGGUGACGGUGAUGUGGAUGAAGGCUGGCCAGGAGGUAGUGCUCAGCAAGCGCGUGGUCUACCGGGCUGACGGGCUCAAGCACACGCUGACCGUCAAGGACUGCACAAUGGAGGACGAGGGCGAGUACACCGCCGUCAUUGGGGACGACAAGUGCGCCGCCGAGCUGAUCAUCAGCGAGGCGCCCACAGAGUUUGCCGCGCAGCUCAAGGACCAGACCAUCACCGAGUUCGAGGACGCGGAGUUCACCUGCAAGCUCACCAAAGAGAAGGCUGUGGUGAAGUGGUACAGGAACGGACGGGAGAUAAGAGAAGGAGCGAGAUAUCACAUGGAAAAAGAAGGCCGGACAUGCAGACUAAUGGUGAAGGUGUGCAGACCGGAUGAUGAAUGUGAAUAUGCCUGUGGUGUGGAUGAGAUGAGGACCAGGGCCAGGCUCUUUGUUGAAGAGACCCCGGUGGAGAUCGUCAGACCUCCUCAGGACGCGUUCGAACCUCCGGGCUCUGACAUCGUGUUCGAGGUGGAGCUCAACAAGGACCGGGUGGAGGUGAAGUGGAUGCGGAACAACAUGAUCAUCGUCCAGGGAGACAAAUACCAGAUGAUUAGCGAGGGUAAAGUCCACAGACUGCAGGUCUGUGAGAUCCGACCUCGGGAUCAGGGAGAGUACAGAGUCGUCGCCAAAGACAAAGACGCCAAAGCCAAGCUGGAGCUGGCAGCUGUUCCAAAGAUCAAAACCACUGACCAGAAUCUGGUCACGGACGCCGGUAAGCCCUUCGUCAUGAGCGUCCCUUAUGACGCCUACCCUCGUGCCGACGCCGUGUGGUUCCUUGCUGGCACCGCACUGCCGGUCCAGAACAUCGACACCUCCGCCGACAAAACAGAGUUCCGCCUGAAGAGCCCCAGCAAGGAGGACCGGGGCAGGUACAAGGUGGUCAUCAAGAACAAGCAUGGCGAGGGGGAGGCGUUUAUCGACCUUGACGUGAUCGACGUCCCCGCACCCGUGAAGAACCUGAGAGUGGUGGACACUUCUGACGGGGAGGUUAGUUUGGCCUGGGAUGAGCCUGAGAGCGAUGGCGGAAGCAAGAUCGUGGCCUACGUGGUGGAGAGGCGUGACUUGAAGCGGAAAACCUGGACGCUGGCUACAGACCGCGCCGACACACCCGAGUACUGCGUCAGCGGCCUCCAGAAGGACUCUAUGUACCUCUUUAGGGUCUGUGCUCGGAACCGGGUCGGCAGCGGACCCGUCGUUGCCACCACGGACGCCGUCCAGGCCAAGAACAAGUUUGAUGUUCCAGAUGCUCCGGAGAACGUCGCUGUCGGAGGGGUGAACAGGGUUGGUGUCACCAUCACCUGGGAGCCCCCCAAGCAUGAUGGUGGCUCCGAGGUCACCGCCUACGUGAUUGAACUACGCGACAGGACCGCCGUAAAGUGGGAGGCGUCCAUGGUCUGUAGUGCCAGCGACCACUCGGCCACGCUGAGCGACGUGGUGGAGAACAAGGAGUACAUCUUCAGGGUCCGGGCCGAGAACAAGGCCGGCAUCGGCAAGCCCAGCGCGGCUACAAAGCCAGUCAAAAUCAUGGAUCCAAUCGAGAGACCGAGUCCACCUCUGAACCUGAACUACUGCGACCAAAUCAAGACGGCCGUCACACUGACCUGGGAGACACCCACCAGCAACGGCGGCAGCUUGAUCACCGGAUACGUGAUUCAGAAAUGCGACGACGGUGCCGACAAGUGGCUCCGGUGCAACGCCAGACUAUGUCCUGACCUCUCCUACAGGGUGUCCGGUCUGAAACCUGGUCAGAAGUACAUUUACAGAGUUUGUGCUGAGAACGCCGCUGGCUUGUCUGAUCCGGCCGAGCAACUCGGACCACUUCUCGCCGAUGACCCUCACGUUGGUCCGACCUUUGACCUCAGGGGCUUCAGGAACGGCCUGGAGGUGAUCGUCCCUCAGCCUCUCACCAUCAGAGUCCCCAUAACCGGGUACCCGACCCCCGUCGCCAAGUGGACCUUUGGGGAGAAGGCACUGACCACGGAGGACGAACGCGUCUCCAUGGUGACAAAGCCUACGUUCACGGAACUGACAGUGACGCCGAGCGUCCGUCCUGACAAGGGCACAUACACCCUUUAUCUGGAGAACGACGUCGCGUCCAUCUCAGGCGACAUCGAAGUCAACGUCAUCGCAUGCCCUAGUGCUCCUAAAGACUUCAAGGUUGCCGAGGUCACCCGACAUCACGUCCACCUGAUGUGGGAGACUCCGGAGCAUGACGGAGGAAGUCCAGUUACCCACUUCCAGAUCGAAAAGAGAGAAGUUUCUCGCAAGACUUGGGCCAAGGUGGCCACUGGCAUCCUGGACCUGGAGCACACCAUAACUGAUGUGAUUGAGGGAAAGGAGUAUCUGUUCAGUGUCACCGCCUGCAACAAGUGUGGACCUGGAGAGCCGGCGUACAUCGACGAGCCCGUCAACGUCGCCUCGCCUGCCACCAUACCCGAUCCUCCAGAGAACCUGAAGUGGCGCGAUAAGAGCGGAAAGAGCAUCUUCCUGUUCUGGGAGCCUCCGAAAUACGACGGCGGCGCCCCGAUCAAAGGCUACGUGGUGGAUAAGUGCCAGCGUGGUACCGACAAGUGGGAACCUUGCGGAGACCCCAUCCCCGAGCUGAAGUUCCAGGUGAACGGACUCAUUGAGGGUCAGUGGUACGCCUACAGAAUCAGAGCUUUUAACAAGCUGGGAGCCAGCCGGCCUUGUAGGGCCACCGAUGAGAUCCAGGCCGUGGACGCCAGAGAGCCUCCAGAGAUUCAGCUGGAUGUAAAGCUGCUGGCCGGUCUGACUGCCAGGGCCGGAACCAAGAUCGAGCUCCCGGCCGACGUCAAGGGGAAGCCGGAUCCCCGGGUGAAGUGGACCAAGGCCGAUCUGGUCCUCCGGGCGGACGACCGCAUCGCCAUUGACACCCAACCGGGACACUCCAAGCUGACCAUUGGCAACACCACCAGAGGAGACACCGCCACCUACAUCAUCGAGGCGGUGAACCCCUGUGGGCGCGCCACCGCCACCAUUGACGUCAACAUCCUGGACAAACCCGGCCCUCCGGCCGCAUUUGACAUCUCGGAGGUCACCAACGAGUCGUGCGUCAUGGCGUGGAACCCCCCCAGGGACGAUGGUGGCUCGCCUAUCACCAACUACAUUGUGGAGAGUCGCCUGACGGAGAAAGAAGAGUGGGUGAAGCUGUCUGCCACGGUGAAACACACCACCUUCAAGGCCUGCAAGCUCACCGCCUUGAAGGAGUACGUCUUCAGGAUCAGCGCUGAGAACCAGUACGGCAUCGGUGCGCCUGCAGAGCACUCGCCCAUCAUUGCAAAGUACUCCUUUGAUCCCCCCGGUGCUCCGACCAGAGUCACUCCCUCCGACAUCGCAAAGGACGCCGUCACUCUGACCUGGUUUGAGCCAGACGAGGACGGCGGCAGUCCCAUCAUUGGCUAUUGGAUCGAGAAGUUUGAUCCAGAGAGCGACAAGUGGAUCAGGUGCAACAAACUGCCCCUCAAGGACACAACCUUCAGGGUGAAAGGACUCCCCACCAAGAAGAAGUACAGCUUCCGGGUUUUGGCUGAGAAUCUGGCCGGAUCCGGAAAACCCAGCAUUGAAACGGAUCCGAUCCUCAUCAAGGAUCCCAUUGAUCCUCCAUGGGCUCCCGGCAAACCAGUCAUCAGGGACGUUGGAAAGACUACGGCCCUGCUGGCCUGGACCCGGCCGGAGCACGACGGCGGGGCAAAGAUCGAAGGCUACAUCAUCGAGUUACAGAAGACCGGCAGCGAGGAGUGGAUCCGCAUCGCAGAGGACGUUCCUCAGAUCGAGCACCAACUGCAGGGCCUGAUGGAAAAGCAGGAGUACUCAUUCCGGGUCAAGGCCGUCAACAAGGCCGGCGAGAGCGAACCCAGUGAGCCCAGCGACCCCGUGAUCUGCAAAGAGAGACUUUAUCCUCCGUCGGCUCCUCAGUGGCUGGAAGUGGCCAAUAUCACCAAGAUCAACGCCACCUUGAAGUGGCAGCUUCCCAGUACCGACGGAGGUUCACCCAUCACCAACUACGUGGUGGAAAAGAGGGACGUGAGGCGGAAGGCCUGGCAGGCCGUGGACACCACGGUGAAGGAGCUGAAGUACACGGUGACGCCGCUCAACGAGGGAUCGCUCUACGUGUUCCGCGUGGCCGCCGAGAACGCCGUAGGGACAGGAGAAUUCUGUGAGCUGGAAGACGCUGUGCUCGCCAAAGACACCUUCACAACUCCUGGACCUCCUUAUGCCCUGACGGUGGUGGAGGUCACCAAGAGACACGUGGAUCUGAAAUGGGAAGCUCCCAAGAGCAACGGUGGAAGACCCAUAACCAAGUACGUGAUUGAGAAGAAAGAGAAGCUUGGAACUCGCUGGCUGAAGUGCUGCAAGACUGCGGACAAACAGACUCAGUUCAAGGUGACGGACGUAGAUGAAGGCUCCGAGGUUCAGUUCCAGGUCAGAGCUGAGAAUGAGGCCGGGGUCGGAGAUCCCAGCGAACCCACCGAGAUCCUCACCAUCGAGGACGCAACCAGCGCUCCAUCUCCUCCCCUGGAAGUGAGCAGUCCAGACGCCAGCAGAGAGCACAUCAAUGUCACCUGGAAGCCUCCGGCCAAGGACGGCAGCUCCCCGAUCACCGGCUACCAUGUGGAGGUGGCCGAGGCCCGUCCGGAGCUCAAGUGGCUUAGAGUCAACAACCGGCCCAUCAAGGAGCUCAACUUUAGAAUUGAGGAUGGAAUCAAACCGGAGAAGAAGUACGUCAUCAGGGUCCGUGCCAUCAACUCCAUCGGUGUCAGCGACCCCUCCGAGCUUUCUGACAAAGUCUUCACCAAGAAUCCCGAUUGUGCACCAACCAUGGAUCUGGCGGCCCAGGACAUGGUUGUGGUUGAAGGUGAGAAGCUACACCUGAAGGUCCCCUACCGGGCGAUACCUACACCCAAAAUGCUCUGGCAGAAGGACGCGGUGGAGUGUAAGGCCGGCGACCGACUCUCCCUGACGGUGGAGAUGAGCAACGCUCACCUGGAGCUGCUCAGGUGCACCCGUGCCGAUGCCGGCGCCUACGCCAUCACCCUGGAGAACAGUCUGGGAACCGCCAGCGGGAACGUUAACGUCAAAGUCAUCGGCCUCCCCGGUCAGUGUAAAGACAUCGUCUCCGGCGACAUCACCAAGAACUCCUGCCAGAUCACCUGGGAAGCCCCCGAGGACGACGGUGGCACCCCCAUCCUGAGCUACACUUUGGAGCGCCGCGAGGCCUCCAAGAAGACCUACAUGCCUGUUACCUCGGGAGAGAGCGCGCUGACCUGCAUCGUCAAAGACCUCUACGUCAACUGCGAGUAUUACUUCAGAGUGAAGGCUAUCAACCAGGUUGGAGCCGGACAAUACCUGGAGCUACGGAACCCAGUUGUCACGGAGGACGUCAAACAGAAACCGGACCCGCCCAUCCAGGUGGAGGCUCAAGACCCAACAUCCAAGUCCAUCAAAGUCACCUGGAAGGCUCCGGACUUUGACGGCGGUUGUCCCAUCCAGGGUUACAUCCUAGAGAAGAUGGAGAAAGAUGGCGACCGCUACGAACGGGUCUCCCCAAGCCUGUUGCCUGGUCUUUCCCACGUGGUGACGGGCCUGACGGAGAACGUGGAGUACCAGUUCAGGGUGCGGGCCGAGAACGCUGCCGGAGUCAGCGAGCCGUCCCGCAGCACCGAGCUCAUCAAGGCUGCCGACCCCGUCGAAAAACCGAAGGUCACCCUCCACGCCCGCGUGCAGUCCGGUCUAAGCAUCAAGAAGGGUGCAGAGAUCCGCAUUGACGCCUUCUACUCUGGCUCGCCGUGCCCCACAGUCAGCUGGCUGAGGAACAACGAGGAUGUCACCAAAGAGCCCACCAAGAAGGUGGUGGCCGUGGUCAAAAAGAAGAAGAAGACGGCGGUUCCUGAGCCAGAGGAGGAGUUUGUGACUCCCUUGCGUGAGCGCCUGGGCCUGGAUCAGAACACCAGGGGUCAGUCUGCACUGAUGAUCCGCGACGCCGUUAGAGCCGACCACGGCACGUUCACCGUCCAGGUGGAGAACACCCACGGCGUGGCCACCGCCUGCUGCGUGGUCAACGUCCUUGACAAACCCGGCGCUCCGAUCAACUUCUCCUUCAGCGACAUCCGGAACACCUCGGUUGUGUGCAGCUGGGAGCCUCCGGAGGACGACGGCGGCAGCGAGAUCAUCAGCUACACGCUGGAAAAGAAGGACAACAAAAACGAGGAGAUUGGCUGGAUCACCAUCACUUCCACGCUGAAGGGCACCCACUGCCCCAUCACCAAGCUCAUUGAGGGGAAGGAGUACAUCUUUAGGGUCACCGCCGAGAACAAGUUUGGCUGCGGCCCGCCUUGUGUCUCCGAGCCGCUUGUUGCCAAGAACCAGUUUGAUCCCCCUGACCCUCCCAACACCCCCAGAGUCCACGAGGUGACGGCCAGCUCCGCCCACAUCUCCUGGCACGAGCCCAAGGACAACGGCAGCCCCAUCCUGGGCUACUGGAUCGAGAGGAAGGAGGUGAACAGCAAACACUGGACCCGGGUCAACCGAGCCCUCCUCAACUCCCUGGACGUGAGGAUCAGUGGUCUCAUGGAGGGACUCACCUACAUCUUCAGAGUAGCUGCCGAGAACCUGGCCGGGCCCGGGCCCUUCAGCGAGCCCACCGACCGCACCGUGGCCAUGGACGCCAUCCUGCCUCCUGGCCCCCCUACUCCGUGGAUCGUGGACACUGGAAAUGACUCGGUCCUCGUGGCCUGGAAGCCGCCUCUGUACAACGGUGGCGGGGACAUCCUGGGAUACCACCUGGAGAAGGUUCUGGCCGGAGAGAAGGAGUGGACUCGCAGCACCGAGUUCAGGUGCAAAGAGCUGAGGUACACCGUGACUGGUCUGACCCAGGGAGCCGACUACUACAUCCGUGUCAUCGCAAUCAAUGACGCUGGACCCGGAGUGCCGGGUGUGACAGAGCUCGUCACCGUGAAGGAGCCCGAAGAACCUCCCGUUGUGGACUUUGACUCCUCUGUGAAGAACGGCGUCAUCAUCAAGGCCGGCGAGCUGCUGAGGCUACCUGCCGUGGUGACAGGCCGACCGCAGCCUGAGGUCAAAUGGGCCAAGGACGAGGCCGAGAUCGACAAAGAGCGCAUGGUGGUGGAGACGGAGGGCAAGAACACCACUAUGUUAAUCAAGAAGGCCGUGAGGUCGGAUCACGGGAAGUACCAGGUGUCCGGCACCAACAGCAGCGGGACCGGGACCGCCGUGACCAAAGUGGAUAUUAUGGACGUCCCCGGACCGGUGGUCGACCUGAAGACGGUGGCGGUCACCAAGAAGAACAUCACCCUCACCUGGUCCGACCCUCUGGACAACGGAGGCAGUGAGAUCUUCGGCUACGAGGUGCUGAGGAAGGACGCCAAGAUGAAAUUGUUCCGCCAGCCCAUUGAGACGGCGUCCUGCAAGUGUGACGUUCAGGGCCUGCUGGCCGGUGAGGAGUACGACUUCAGGGUCAUCGCCAGGAACAAGUACGGCGACGGAGCUCCAGCGGAUCUGGGACCCAUCCUGGCAGAGGACCCCAAAGCUACUCCAUCUGCUCCUGAGAAGCUGCACUACACCGACAGAAGCAAGAGCACCAUCACCUUAGCCUGGCAGCCACCUCGCACCGACGGCGGCAGCCCCAUCCUCGGCUAUUACGUAGAGAAGAUAAGGUCGGAUGGCAGUGAGUUUGAGGUGGCAAACCGCAAGCUCUUUACCGAGUGCUGCGGGACCAUCGAGAACCUGUCUGAGAACCAGGAGUACCAGUUCCGCGUCAAAGCCGUGAGCGAGGUCGGGGAUGGAGAUGUCUCCAAGCCGAUCACCGCUAAGAUCCAAGAUGAUGAAAUUUCUCCAGUCAUAACCAUUCUGAAGUUCUUCAAGAGCAACGCCAUCAACGAGAAGAAAGGUUCAGCCAUCGACAUCCCAGCAGAGGUGAAGGGACUUCCCCUACCGACGCUACAGUGGAUGAAAGAUGGCGUGGUGAUCGAGAAGCCCGAGAACGAUGACAAAAUGACAAUAGAGACCGAAGAGGUGACCCGUACCACCAUGCGGACUAAGAUUGCUCUCCAAGAAACCAUCAGACAGGACAAAGGCAACUACAAGCUGGUGGCUGAAAACUGCUUUGGCAAAGCUGAGCACGUCAUCCACGUCGAGAUCCUCGACCGUCCUCUUCCCCCGAGGAACGUCGUGGUCUCGGACAUCAAGGCCGAAUCGUGCUACCUGACCUGGGACGCACCUGAGGACAACGGAGGGAGUGAGCUCACCAACUAUGUGGUGGAGCGCAGGGAUGCCAGCAAGAAGAAAUCUGACUUCGAGGUUCUGACCACCAACCUUUUGGACAGAAGAUAUGGGGUCUACAAGCUGAACCUGAACGGACUCUACCAGUUCAGGAUCAAAGCCGAAAACAAGUAUGGUCUGAGCGACGGCUGCGACUCUGAGAAAGUCCAGCUCAGGGAUCCGUUUGGUCUCCCCGGACCUCCUCGGAACCCCAAGAUCAUCGCAGCCACGGCCACCACCAUGACCCUGACUUGGGACCCUCCCCUGGACAAUGGCGGCUCCACCAUCCAGGGCUACUGGCUUGAGAAAAGGGAGCGCGGUGCCGUCUACUGGGGCCGCGUCAACCGGGCCCCUGUCACAAAGCCCUCGGUGAAGGGCCUGCAGUACACGGUGCUCAAGCUCAUCGAGGGAUCCGAGUACCAGUUCAGGAUUGCUGCCAGCAAUGCUGCGGGUGUCGGGCCGCCGUGCGAGUCCAGCGAGUGCCGCUUCGCCCUGGACCCAAGCAAACCUCCCACCUCUCCCGGAUACCCCGAGGUCAAAGAUAAGACCAAGAGCAGCAUCACGCUCACCUGGAGUCCGCCAGACCGAGAUGGAGGCAGCCCCGUCAAGGGUUACAUCGUCGAGGUCCACGAGGAGGGCUCUCCCGACUGGAGGCGGGUGAACCCUGCCGACAAGCUCCACCCCUCCACCGAAAUCACCGUGCCCAACCUGAAGGAGGGCAAGAAGUGCAAGUUUAGGAUCUACGCUGUGAACACCGCCGGAAACUCAGAGCCCGCCAAAACGGGAGACAUCCUGGUUCAAGACAUUCUGAUCGAGCCCUCUGUGUCUCUGGACGUGACCGCCCAGGACCUCCUGAACUGUAGAGCCAGAACCCCCAUCAGGAUUGCUGCCUGCAUCACAGGGAGACCCGUUCCCAAAGUCACCUGGACCUUCGAUGGAACCGCAGAGACCGAGAAGAAGAACGAUCUUCACACACUACCAGUCGACUCCGAGAUCCAGUCCACAGACACAACUUCGGUUGUUCUGAUCCUUGAGAGCAAAUUGAGCCACAGCGGCCGUUACAUCAUCAACGCAGAGAGCAUCGCCGGACACAAGGUGGUCAAAGUCAGAGUCAACGUGCUUGACCUGCCCGGAGCGCCAAGAGACCUGAAGGUCACUGACGUGACGAGGGGAACAUGCCGACUCACCUGGAAACCUCCGGAGAGCGACGGAGGAGAGAGGGUGAAGAGCUACUUCAUCGAAAAGAAGACUGUGGAUGGCAAAGCCUGGACCAAGGUGAACGUGGCCUGUGCCGCUCAGUCCCUGGUGGUUCCGGACCUGAUCAAUGGUCAGGAGUACCUCUUCCGCAUCCGAGCUGAGAACCGCUUCGGCUUCGGUCCGCUAGCCGAGACCGACGAGGGAACCAAGGCCAGAGAUCCAAUCCAUCCUCCCGAUCCUCCUACCAGGCUGAAGAUCCUGACUGUGAGGAAGGGUGCUGUGAAGUUGACCUGGAAGGCGCCGAAGAACGACGGUGGUUCCCCUGUGACACACUACAGCGUGGACCUGCUCUGCUGGGAGGCCAGCAGCACCCAGAAGGAGUCCUGGAGGAGGUGCAACCGGAGGGACGUGGAUACCACCAGCUUCAAGGUGGAGGACCUGAAAGAGGGAGACGAGUAUGAGUUCAGAGUGGUGGCGCACAACGAGGCCGGACCAAGCCGACCUUCCUCCACUGUGGGACCCAUUGUCAUCCAAGACCAGACCUGCGCUCCGUCCAUCGAGUUGAAGGAGUUCAUUGAGGCAGAGCAGGGCGCCGACAUCAGCAUUGUGGCAUCUGUCCACGGCUGCCCCUUCCCAACGCUCACCUGGUACAAAGCUCCGCCGCACAAGUCCGAGGACAAGACCGAGGUCCAGUACGAUGAGCACAUCAACAAGAUAGUGUCCGACGACAGCUGCACACUGCUCAUCCAGCAGGGGAAGCGUCCCGACACCGGCCUCUACACCCUGGUGGCCUCCAACAACAUGGGCAAGGCCUCCAGGGAGAUGAGGCUCAACGUGCUUGGCCGGCCUGGUCCUCCCUCUGCCCCCAUCAAGUUCGAGGAGAUCGGCGCGGAGAGGAUCACCCUGUCCUGGCUGCCGCCCAAGGAUGACGGCGGCUCCAAGGUCACAAACUACGUCAUCUGGAGGCGGGUGGCCACCAGGAAAAACUGGGUACCCGUCACCAGCGAGCCGAGAGAGCGGGUGUGGACGGUGGAGAGCCUGAUGGCCGGGCACGAGUACGUCUUCCGCAUCAUGGCCCAGAACAAGUAUGGAGUUGGAGAGCCGCUGGACAGCGAGCCCGAGAUCGCCCGGAACCUCUACACCGUCCCAGGUCAGUGUGAGAAGCCCACGGUCUCCGGCGUCACCAUGGACUCAAUGACGGUCAGCUGGGAGGAGCCAGAGGACGACGGCGGCACACCGAUCACAGGCUUCUGGUUGGAGCGCAAGGAGACCACAGGAAAGCGCUGGACCCGUGUCACCCGGGACCCCAUCCGCCCCACGGGGAUGGGCGAGUCCUUUGUGGUCAGCGGGCUCAUCGAGGGCUCACAGUACCUCUUCAGGGUGUCCGCCAUCAAUGCCGCGGGACCCGGGCUCGCAAGCCCCCCCGCAGGGCCCAUCUUCGCCAGAGACCCCAUCGCUCCGCCCUCUCCUCCCACACCGAAGGUUUCCGAUUGGACCAGGUCCUCGGUGGAACUGGAGUGGAUCCCUCCUCUUAAAGACGGAGGCUCUAAGAUCCUCGGGUACUGGGUGGAGUACAAGGAGGAGGGCACCGAGGCCUGGGUCAAGGCCAAGGAAACGGAAAUCCGAGGCACCCGACUGGUGAUCGCCGGUUUGAAGACUGGCGGCAAAUACAAGUUCAGGGUCACUGCGUUUAACGCCGCGGGUACCGGCGAGCCGGGAGAAGUCCCAGAGGUGCUGGAGGUCAACGACAGAAACAUUGCCCCCGAGGUCGACCUGGAUGCCUCAGUGAAGGAGCGGAUGGUGGUACACGCCGGCGGCGUGAUCCGGAUCAUCGCCUAUGUGUCAGGCCAGCCUUCCCCAGAGGUUACCUGGUGCCAAGACGGAGCAGCGCUGCCCCCCGACGCCAAAGUGGAGACGACGGCCAUCAGCUCGUCCUUGGUCAUCAAACCCUGCACCAGGAAACACGUUGGCGUUUACACGCUUACCGCCAAGAAUGCUGGAGGGGAGAAGACCAAGAACAUCACCGUGGAGGUUCUGGACGUGCCUGGCUCCAUCGGCAUCCCCUUCACCGCAGAGAACCUCACCAGCGACUCUUGCAAGCUCAACUGGUUCUUCCCCGAGAAUGACGGCGGUUCUCCUAUCAGCAACUACGUCAUCGAGAAGCGCGAGGCCGAGCGCAAGGCCUGGACCUCACUGCACUUUACCGCCAGCCGACAGAACGCCGUGGCUCACGGACUCACCAUCGGGAAGUCCUACUUCUUCAGAGUAGCUGCAGAGAACGCCAUCGGUGUGGGACCCUUCAUGGAGACCGCCGCCGAGCUCAUCAUCAAGGAACCCAUUAGUGUGCCCGACCGCCCCGAGGAGCUCGAGGUCACCAAGGUCACCAAGGACCUGAUCGGCGUCACCUGGAAGGCACCAAAGUUCGACGGCGGCUCUGAGAUCACGAUGUACAUCCUGGAGGCGCGUAUGAUCGGCAAAGACAAAUUCACCAGAGUGACCAAAGAGAAGCUGAUGGAGAGGAAGUACAACUAUGACGGCCUAAGGGAAGGAGACAGCUACGAGCUCAGGGUCAUUGCCGUCAAUGAAGUCGGACCCAGCAAGCCGUCCUUCUCCACCAAACCCAUCACCUGCAAGGACGAGCUGGAGCCGCCCACCAUUGAGCUUGACUUCCGCGAUAGGAUCAUCUUCCGCGUGGGUGAGAGUUGCCUGCUGCAGGGCCGCUACACCGGCAAACCUUCUCCUUCCAUCACGUGGUACAGAGACGACGAGGAGCUAAAGGCCGACAAGCACGUCAUGUUCAAGAACACGCUCACCACCAUGUCGCUCGGCCUGAUGAAGGCGGAGCGGCAACACAGCGGCAGAUACGUGGUGGUGGUGGAGAACAGCACUGGAUCCAGGAAGGGACUCUGCAACAUUACGGUGGUUGACCGGCCAACUCCUCCUGUUGGCCCAGUGGUGUUUGAGGAGGUGCACAGGGAGUACAUGGUGGUCUCCUGGAAGCCUCCUCUGGACAGCGGCGGCAUCGACGUCUCCAACUACAUCAUCGAGAAGAGAGACACCAACAGAGAAGCCUGGACCACGGUGACGUCUGCCUCCACCAAGACCAUAUGCAAGAUCCCAAAGCUAACGGAGGGCAAGGAGUACAUCAUCAGGAUCUUAGCAGAGAACAUGUACGGCAUCAGUGACCCUCUGGAAUCCGAGGAGAUGAAAGCCAAAGAUCUCUUCAGAGUUCCUGAGGCCCCUGAGAUGCCAACAGUCAGGGAGGUUUACGCCACCAACGCUUUGGUUCUGUGGAACCGGCCUCGCGACGGCGGGAAGCCAAUCAUCAACUAUGUCCUCGAGAAGAAGGAGCCCAAAGCAAAGAGGUGGUCCAGAGCCACAAGGGACCCGUUGUACCCGGUCACUCAGUACAGAGUCCAGGACCUGGUGGAGGGGUGCGAGUACGAGUUCCGGGUGAUGGCUGAGAACGAGCUGGGAACCGGAGACCCCAGUGUUCCCUCCAAACCCAUCCUCGCCAAAGACCCCAUCGUGCGCCCCAGCCCCCCAGUGACCCCUGAGGCCUACGAUAAGACCAAGGACUCGGUCAGCCUGAAGUGGAAAUCUCCACGCCACGACGGGAAGGGCCGUAUCUUUGGCUACCUCGUUGAGUACCAGGCGGCUGGUGGCGUGGAGUGGAUUCUGGCCAACGAGACCCCAGAGCAGUGCCCAGACCUCUACUACGUGGUGACGGGGCUGGCCGAUGGACAGGAGUACAACUUUAGAAUCUUUACCGUUAAUGCUGCCGGAAAAUCCGACCCUGCCUACGUGAAACAGACCAUCAAAGUCCAUGACAGACUGGAGGAGCCAGAGUUGCUGCUGGACGCCAACAUGGCCCGCGACCACCUGGCCAUGCUGGGCACCGAUAUUACCCUGAGCGCCAGAAUUAAGGGUGUGCCAACACCCACCAUCAGUUGGAAGAAGAACGACGGUGACGUUCCUUCUCACAUUACCGUUGCCGUCACCCCCACCGGUAGCAAGGUCUUCAUCCCCAAGAGCAUUCGGGCGGACUCAGGCAACUACACCAUCACCGUGGAGAAUGCUGCUGGAAAGAAAUCAGCAACCGUUGCCGUACUUGUUCUGAACAAGCCAUCUCCUCCCAGAGACCUGGUGAUCUCCGAGGUGACCAGUGAGUCGGCCUACCUGACAUGGAAGAUUCCCGAGGACAACGGCGGUGCCGUGAUCUCCCACUACGUUGUGCACAAGAAGGAUGUGGCCGCCGAGCAGUGGGUUCCCGUCUCCCCAGCCAAUAAGAAGCCGAGUCUGAUGGCUAUGUACUUGAUGGAAGGAAUCCAGUACUUGUUCAGGGUGGCUGCUGAGAACCAGUUUGGUAGAAGCGACUACACAGUAACCCGGACACCCAUCAAGGCUCUGGAUCCUCUCUAUCCUCCUGGCCCCCCCAAGAACCUCCACCACACUGAUGCAGACAAGACAGAAGUGUGCCUGGCAUGGGAGUUGCCUGACCGCAACGGUGGAAGUGAAAUUACCGGCUUCAUUGUUGAGCACCAGGAAGAGGGCCAGACCGACUGGGUCACAUUCAAGACCGUCAGCAACAAUCAUGCCCACGUCACCACUCUGGUGGAGGGCAAGACUUACCGCUUCAGAGUCAAGGCUCAGAACGCCAUCGGUGUGAGCAGUCCUGACACCAGUGUCCCCAUCACCUGUCAAGAAAAGACAUUGCCACCAACUAUUGACGUUGAUGUGAAGCUUAUUGAGGGUCUUGUUGUAAAAGCCGGUACUGCUAUUACGCUUCCAGCCAAUGUGACAGGCAUUCCCAUACCCACAGCCAAAUGGAUGACUGAUGGCAAGGAAAUUACAUCUGAGGGCCGCUAUCACAUUGAGACGGCUGGAACCUCUACCAUCCUCAGCAUCCCUGAGACCCAGAGAGGAGACACUGGGGAGUACAUUCUCACUGUGGCCAAUCCUUCAGGCAGCAAAACCGUUGCCCUGCAUGUCACAGUGCUAGAUCUUCCUGGUCCACCAAUUGGACCCAUCAAUAUCUCAGAGGUCACCCCUGAUUACAUGAUGAUCCAAUGGAGAGCACCCAAGGAUGACGGUGGCACACCCAUCAUCAGCUACGUGGUGGAAAAGAAGGAUGUGAAGAAGUCAUGGGAGCCCUGGUCUGUUGUUAGCUCCAGUGGAACCAGUACCAAGGCCAAAGUAUCCAGGCUGGAGAAGGGCCGUGAGUACAUUGUCCGUGUCCGUGCAGAAAACAAGAUUGGCAUUGGCGCAGGGCUCGAGAGUCCCCCCACUAUUGCAAAGCACAUGUUUAAUCCUCCUGGUCCACCUGGCCUGCCAGAGUGCUCUGACAUCACUGAGAAUGCCGUGACAGUGGAAUGGACCCUUCCUGACUAUGAUGGAGGCAGCCCCAUCAGCGGAUAUGUAAUUGAGCGCCGAGAAAUGACAGGAAAGUGGAUCCGUGUCAACAAAACUCCUGUGCUGGACCUCAGAUACAGAGUCUCAGGCCUGUUUGAAGGAAACACCUAUGAAUUCAGGGUAUUUGCUGAAAACGUUGCUGGUAUCAGUGGUCCUUCUCCUACAUCAAACCCUGUCAGGGCAACUCGUGCCAUCACCAAACCUGGACCGCCUGGCAAUCUGAAAUUGAAAGACUGGAGCAAGUCCUAUGCUGAUAUCUGCUGGACGAAGCCGGCAAGAGACGGAGGCAGUCCCAUCCUGGGCUACGUCGUUGAGUUACAGAAGUCAGGAUCUGCCCAGUGGGACAGAAUCAACAAGGACCUUAUCAAGAUGUGUGCAUAUAGAGUCCCAGGCUUCAUUGAAGGAAUGGAGUACAGAAUUCGCAUCAGAGCAACUAACAAAGUUGGAGACAGUGAACCCAGGGAGCUGUCUGAGACCAUCUUGGCAAAGGACAUCCUGGUGCCCCCUGAGGUUGUUGUUGACGCAUCCUGCCGUGAUUCUCUGACUGUGAGAGCAGGUCAGAUCAUAAGUUUGAUCACUAGGGUGAAAGGCAGACCAGACCCAGAGAUUACAUGGACCAAGGAUGCCCGAGCAUUAUCCCGGGACAAGCGCACUGAGAUGAAUAACAACUACCCCCUGUGUGAACUGGUCAUCACUGAGGCAGUCAGGUCAGACUAUGGUAAAUAUGCUGUCAAUGCCAAAAACAGCAGUGGACAGGCCCAAGCCACAAUUAUUGUCAAUGUCCUGGACACACCAGGGCCUUGCCAAAACCUGAAAAUGGCUUAUGUGACCAAGAACUCCUGCAUGUUUUCCUGGGAGAACCCUGAAGACAACGGAGGAACUGAGAUCAACCAGUACAUUAUUGAGUUCCGUCAGCCCAGCCAGAGAGCAUGGUCUGUGGUGUCCAACGAUUGCACCAAGCGCUUAAUUAAGGCCCCGCUAACCGAAGGCUGUGAGUACUUCUUCCGUGUCAGUGCGGAGAACAAGAUCGGUGCUGGUCCUGUCACUGAGACCAAGACACCCGUGCUGGCAGUUGAUCCGAUUGAGAAGCCCGGUGAACCCAUUGACUUCCAGAUUUCUGAGAUCGGCAAGACGUUUUGCUUCCUCAAGUGGAGGAAGCCUGACUAUGAUGGAGGUAGUCGCAACCUGGCUUAUCAUGUUGAGAAGAAACCAAAGGAGGCUGAGGAGUGGGAGAGGCUUCAUAAGGGUGCUAUCAAGGAAACAUACUUCAUGGCUGACCGUUGCAUUGAAAACCAGAUGUAUCAAUUCAGAGUUCAGACUAAGAAUGAGGGCGGCGAGAGUAACUGGGUUACCACACCUGAAGUCCUGGUUAAGGAACAGCUUGUUGAGCCUGAAAUCAAGAUGAAGCUGGAUGCAACACUCGUUGUCAAGGCAGGAGACUCCAUUGCUAUUGAGGCAACAGUGAAGGGCAAACCCCAGCCAGAUGUCAAAUGGACUAGAGAUGAGAGCACAGCGGAGAUAAGGAGGGGCCCCAGGCUUAAGAUCGAAACUGGUGCGGACUUCUCCAAACUGCUUCUUACCAGCGCCAGGCGCACUGACAGUGGUAAAUACAUUGUUACUGCUUCAAACAGUGCAGGAACCAGAUCUGCUCAUGCAAACGUCAAUGUACUGGAUAGACCUUGUCCCAUCAGGGACCUCAACGUGUCCGGGAUCACCAUCGACAGGUGCCAUUUGGCAUGGGAAGUCCCAGAGGAUGAUGGUGGCUGCGACAUCUACAACUACAUUAUUGAGAAGUGUGAGACCAAGAGGGGAGUCUGGUCAGUCCACUCCAAUGCCGUCAUCACCAACAAAGCCAACGUCACCCGGCUCAUUGAGGGCAACGAGUAUAUCUUCAGAGUUCGUGCUGAGAACAAGAUGGGUCCUGGCCCUGCGGUGCAGAGUGAAGCCAUCGUAGCUGGCACCCAGUUCAGUGUACCCGACGCUCCGCAGGCACCAGAGGUCACCAAGAUUGCAAAGGUAGAGAUGACUGUGCAGUGGUCAGAGCCCGAGAAAGACGGUGGAAAGCCAAUCACAGGGUAUCUUUUAGAAAAGAGGGAGGAGCAUGCAGUUAGGUGGUCGCCCGUCAACAAGGAUCCCAUCCCUACAACUCGUUUCACGGUUACUGGCCUCCUACCUCUCCAUGACUACCUUUACAGAGUCAAGGCUGUCAAUGAAAUUGGUAUUGGAACCCCAAGUAAACCUUCAAGGGCCAUCACUGCCAAGGACACAGUUGAGCCUCCUGCGCCACCUACUAACAUGAAGGUCCUUGAUAGCACCAAGUCAAGCAUCACCCUGGGCUGGACCAAGCCAGUGUCAGAUGGUGGAGCCCCCCUCAUUGGCUAUGUUGUGGAGAUGAAGGCACAAGGGACUACCAAGAAAGGAGAAGACAGCUGGAAGAGGUGCAAUGUUGCAGCUCAGCUGGUCUUGUGCGAGUUCACCGUCUCGAGUCUGGAUGACCAGCUUGUGUACGAGUUUAGAGUAUCGGCUCAGAACCAGGUGGGUAUGAGCCUGCCCUGUGACCUGGAUGGUGCUGUGAUCCCCAGGGAGAUUCUAGAGGCACCAGAGAUUGACUUGGAUGCCAAUUUGAAGCAAGGCCUGACGGUAAGAGCUGGUUGUCCCAUCAGACUGUGCGCCACCAUCCGGGGCAGGCCGCCUCCAACAGUCACUUGGAGGAGGAUGGGUAUCGACAACGUGGUCAGGAAGGGAAAGGUCGACAUCAUUGACACCAUGACUUUCCUGGUCAUCCCCGACAGCACUCGCGACGACUCGGGCAAAUACUGCCUGGCGCUUCGCAGUGCUGCUGGAGAGAAAGCUGUCUUUGUCAGCGUUAAGGUUCUUGACACUCCUGGACCUGUAAUGAAUCUGGAAGCGACCGACAUCAAGCAGACAUCUGCUAUGCUCUCCUGGAGUUCUCCGGAUGUCGAUGGUGGCAGCGAGGUCACUCACUACAUUGUUGAGAAGCGCGAGAUGGACCGCAAGACUUGGGCAACUGUUAAGGCCGAAGUAGAGAAGGAUAAGAUUCCCUUCAAAGUCAGCGGCCUCGUACCGGGCACCGAGUAUUACUUCAGAGUCACAGCUGUCAACGAGUAUGGUUCUGGGGUUCCUAAGGUGUCACCCACUUCCUACCUGGCGUCGGAUCCUGUCAGCAAGCCAGAUCCUUGUGAGAAAAUUGAAGUUCUUGAGAUCACCAAGAACAGUGCCACAGUCGGCUGGGUGAAACCUGCCAGAGAUGGUGGUGCCAAGAUUGAUGGUUAUGUCAUUGAAUAUAUCGACGUCAAACCUCCUCCAGAAACUCCAGCACCUGUGGAGGUACCGGAGGGAGAAGAAGCUCCUCCACCACCUCCACCGCCUCCAGUGGAGGAGGAGGAAGAUGAAGAACCUGAAAAAGAAGUAUGGAACUCCUACACUACGGUGAAAGGUUUGACAAUCAGUAUCAGCGGCCUGAAGGAGGGCAAGAAGUACAAGUUCAGAGUGGCUGCUAAGAACAUCAUGGGCCAGAGCCAAUUCACUGAGACAAGGCAACCAAUUGAGAUCAAGGAGCAGAUGUUGGAUCCAAAGAUCGUCAUGCCGGAGACGGUGAGCGCCAAAGCCGGAGCCAAACUCAGAGUGGAGGCGUUGGUUUCCGGAAAACCCACCCCGACUUGCAAGUGGAUGCGUGGUGACGACAUAGUGGUCCCGUCCAGCCGCCUCGCCGUGCACCAGUCAGGCAGCAUGUGUGUUCUGAUCAUCAAAGGCGUGUCGAGGACCGACAGCGGAGAGUACAGCCUGGUGGCUGAGAACAGCUCCGCAAAGGUGAUCGAGACCCUGAAAAUGGUCAUUAGAGACAUCCCCGGCCCUCCCGAAGGCCCUGUGGUAGUCAGCGACAUCGACUCAGAUGCCUGCUCUCUGUCCUGGCACAAACCGCUGGAGGACGGCGGCAGCAAAAUCACCAACUAUGUGGUGGAGAAAUGCGACGUGAGUCGAGGAGACUGGGUAACUGCAACCUCUUCUGGUCAGAAAACUAGCUGCAGACUUGGGAAGCUCAUUCCCGGUAAAGAGUAUGGAUUCCGUAUCCGUGCUGAAAACCGCUUUGGGUUGUCGGACCCUAUUCAGUCCGACCGGAUGGUCGCAAAGUUCCCCUUCGAUGUUCCUAGCGAGCCUCUCAACUGUCGUAUAAACAAGACCAACAAGGACUGUAUGUUUGUUGCCUGGGACAAGCCUGAGACAGACGGCGGCAGUCCCACCACCGGUUACUACAUCGAGCGCAAGGAGAGGAACAGUCUGUUGUGGGUGAAGGCAAACGACACUGUUGUACGCACCACCGAGUACCCGUGUGCCGGCCUCAUCGAGGGCCUGGAGUACACUUUCAGGGUGUCUGCCAUUAACCGCGCCGGCCAGGGAAAACCGAGCAAGAAGACCGACUUUGUCACUGCUAGAACGCCUGUUGACACUCCAGGUAAACCUGAGAUCCUGGAUGUAACCAAGAACUCAGUCACUCUGGUUUGGGCCCGUCCCAAGAAUGACGGUGGGAGCAAGAUCAUUGGCUACUACGUUGAGGCCAUGCGGGUCCCAGGAGACACCUGGAUACGCUGCAACACCAGCAGCCAGAAUGUCCCCAGAGAGGAGUACACAGUGACCGGACUGGAGAGAGACCUGCAGUACCAGUUCAGGGUCAUCGCCAAAACCGCUGUUAAUAUCAGCAAACCCUCCGAUCCCACAGACCCUGUGCUGGUCUGUGCUGAGAAUGUUCCUCCGAGGGUGGAGCUCAACGCUAAGAUGCAGAAAGGCAUGAAGGUGAAGGCCGGAUGCACCAUCCUCCUAGAGGCUGAGGUAUUCGGUAAGCCGAUGCCCAAAGUGACGUGGAAGAGAGCUGACGACAGCCUGAAAUCAGGUGAAGGCCAGAUUCUCAAGCACGAAAGGAAUCACUUUCAGCUGGAGAUGACAGCAGUCACCAAGGAUCACACAGGAACCUACACCAUCUUGGCCGAGAACACUAGCGGCUCCAAGACCGCAGAAAUCCAGGUCAUUGUUCUGGAUGUGCCUGGCCCUCCUGCCACUGCCAAAUGCUUCGAGGUGUUUGCUACAAGCAUUAAGAUGUCCUGGGAGGCUCCUCUGAAAGACGGUGGCGCUCCAAUCAGCAACUACAUUGUGGAUAAGCGUGAAACGAGCAGGGCCAACUGGGCCCAGGUCUCCGCCAAGAUCAAAGGCGAUGUCUUUGAGAUAAAUGUGGAGAAGCUGAUUGAGGGCCGCGAGUACCAGUUCAGAAUCCGCGCAGAGAACGCUUGUGGAGUCGGAGACGCCCUAAUCACCGGCCCUGUCAUCGCCAAGAACCCAUUCACUGUCCCUGGCCCUUGCGAGGCUCCAGUGAUCACCAAUGUGAACAAAGACCGUGUGACGGUGAGUUGGAAGGAGCCUGCCGAUGAUGGAAAGUCCACCAUCCUGGGAUACCUUGUGGAAAAGAAAGAGACCAAGGAGAUGAACUGGACCAAGCUGACUAGGAAGCCAAUGACAGAGAGGAGCGUGGAGGUCACAGGCCUCACGGAGGGAGCAGAGUAUGAGUUCAGAGUCAGCGCUGUCAAUGUGGCAGGGGUGGGCAAACCCAGCGAGCCUUCCGCUGGCACCACGGCACAGAAUCCUAUCAAUCCUCCGGGCCCUGUUGUGAACCCUAGUGUGAUAGACACAACCAACAGCACCAUUAGACUCACCUGGACCGCCCCCGCAAACGAUGGUGGAAGCCCCGUUAUCGGCUACCUGGUGGAAAGCAAGAGGACAGAUACCACGGACUGGAUCCGCUGCAACGUCCCCAGGAACCUGCAGGAGACCAGCUACACCAUCCAGAACUUGAUCCACAAGGCCGAGUACCAGUGCCGCAUCACUGCUGUCAACAAGGUUGGCUUUGGUGAGCCGGCUGAAGUACCCGGGAAGCAUGUUGCCAAGGACAUAAUCAUUCCUCCAGAGGCAGAGCUGAGUGCGGAGCUGAAGGAAGUUCUGGAGCUGCGUGCCGGGGCCACCAUGAGGCUGUAUGCCACCAUCAAGGGCAGUCCGAUUCCCAGGAGCACCUGGGCCAAGAUGAACACCAACAUCAAGGACCGCCAGGGCGUGGUCAUGAAGUCCACCAACACUGACUCCCUGGUGUUGGUGGAGAAUGUCAACAGAUACGACGCUGGCAAAUACAUCCUGAGCCUGGAGAGUUUGGCUGGCAUUAAGAUGUACACCGUUGUUGUCAAGGUUAUUGAUACUCCAGGACCACCAGUCAACCUGAUGGUGAAGGAGUCAAACAAAGAUAGUGCCUCCAUCUACUGGGACACCCCUCUGAUUGACGGUGGCUUUGAAGUUACCCACUACAUCGUGGAGAAGCGUGACACUGAGAGAAAGGCCUGGUCCAUCGUCUCCAACAACUGCACCAAGACAUCGUUCAAGGUUCCAGACCUUGACGCCGGCCGGUGUUACAGCUUUAGAGUGUCGGCAGUUAACGAGCUUGGAGCUGGAGAGUGCUGCGAGACAUCCGACUCAGUCAAAGCAUGUGAGGAACCCGGGCCCGUCUUGGACUUCAAGACACUGCUGGUUACCAAGUAUUCAUGCACUCUAAGUUGGAAGAAGCCCCUCACUGACGGUGGCAGUCGCAUCAUCUGCUACGUGCUGGAGGUUCUCAACGGUGACGACAAGUACAAGGAGCUAAUGAGGUCCAAAAACAUGCAGUACAGCGCCAAGGAUCUGGUGGAGGGAAAAGAGUACCACUACAGAGUCACGGCUGUGAAUGACUCAGGAGAGAGUGCUGCCAAGGAGCUGAAGGUGGUGGCCAAGGAUCAGCUCAUUCCUCCAAGCUGUGACUUAAGGGAGCUUCCCAACAUGUGUUACAUCGCCAAGGAAGGCAGCACCGUCCGUCUGAAAAUCCCAAUCAUUGGCAAACCAACUCCCACGGUCUCCUGGAAAAAAGGAGAAGAGGAGAACCUGACGGACACCGGCCGAGUGUGCGCCGAGUCUUCCGCAGUCAACACCACCCUUCUGAUUAGGGAUUGCCAGAGGAGUGAUGCUUCUAAGUACACCAUCACCCUGAGGAACAGCGCAGGAAGCAAGGAGUCCACCAUCUUUAUUAGGGUGGUGGGUAAACCUGGCAUUCCUGUCGGACCCAUAAAGUUCAAAGAUGUUACGGCCGACGGUGCAACGCUAAAGUGGAUCACUCCGAAGGACGACGGUGGCUCCGAAAUCACCAACUACAUCCUUGAAAAGAGGGACUCUGUCACAAACAUGUGGGUGACUGUGUGCUCCUCUGUGGAGACCAACACCAUGAGGGUGACUGGUCUCCAUGAGGGCACAGAGUACAUCUUCAGAGUCUGUGCUGAGAACAAGUACGGCGUUGGAGAGGGACUCAAGUCCGAGCCAAUCAUUGCCAAACAUCCAUUUAAUGUUCCUGAUGCUCCACUUCCACCUCAGAUCAUGAGCAUGCGCCACAACUCUUGUUACCUGGCCUGGUCUGAUCCCAGAAAGACUGGCGGGUCUCCCAUCACAGGUUACCAUGUUGAGUUCAAGGAGAGGAACAGUAUGUUGUGGAAGAGAGCGAGCCCGUCUGCCCUGAGGAUGCGGGAACAUAAGGUCACCGGACUGACGGAAGGUCUGGAAUACGAGUUUAGAGUUAUGGCAAUCAACCUGGCUGGCAUAGGCCGACCAAGUGGUCCCACCGAUCCACAGGUUGCCCUGGAUCCAAUUGAUGCCCCUGGGAAACCUGAAGUGGUCAGCAUCACCAGAAGCACAGUGACCCUCGAGUGGACCGAGCCACAGUGCGAUGGUGGCCACAGGCUGACAGGCUACAUCGUUGAAAGACGUGAUCUGCCCUCUAAGAUCUGGGUGAAGGCCAACAACGUAAAUGUUGUGGAGCCCGCAUACACUGUGACCGAAUUGCAGGAGGGCUGCAAAUAUGAAUUCAGAAUCAGGGCAAAGAACUCCGCUGGCGCCGUCAGCCCGCCCUCCGAGCAGACGGAUACUAUAAUUUGCGCUGAUGAAUAUGCUGCCCCAACCAUUAUUAUUGAAGCUCAGGUGAAGGAGGGCCUGACUGUGCGAGCUGGAGAUACUAUUGUCAUCACGGCCACAAGCAUUUUAGGCAAACCUGCUCCAACCUCAUGCUGGUCGAAGGGAGGAAAGUAUUUCAAACCCUCUGAUCUUGUUCACAUUGAGACCACUGCAACUUCCUCCACUUUGUCCGUCAAGUAUGCCGGACGAAAGGAAUCUGGGGAGUACAUCAUCACCGCCAGCAAUCCCUUUGGAGUGAAGGAAGAAACUGUUAAAGUCACAGUUCUGGAUGUUCCUGGAAUUCCUGGACCCAUCGAAACCAGUGGAGUCUCCUCUGAAAAGGUGACUCUUACCUGGACAGCUCCUGCCGAGGACGGAGGCUCUCCCAUCAAGUAUUACACCCUAGAGAAGAGAGAAACCAGCCGCCUCCUCUGGACUAUUCUGGAAGAAAAGGUCAUCGACUGUCACUAUGUUGCGCACAAGCUCAUCCAAGGCAACGAGUACUUCUUCAGAGUCUCUGCUGUCAACCAGUACGGUGCCAGUGAGGCAUCGCACUCUGAUGCCGUCAAGAUGAUUGACAGAUUUGGUCCUCCUGGUCCACCUUCUAAACCAGAAGUGGAGAAAGUUGAUGGACAUUCGGUCACUGUGACCUGGAGGAGACCGGCCGAGGAUGGAGGAACUGACAUCACAGGUUACUGUGUUGAGAAGAAGGAGAAAAGGGGCAUGAGAUGGGUCAGGGCAUCGAAGAAAUCCAUUGCUGAGCUCAGCUAUGCCAUCAGUGGUCUUACUGAGGGCUUAGAGUACGAGUUCCGUGUUCUUGCUGAGAACAAAGCUGGCUUCGGAGAACCAAGUGAACCAUCUAUGCCUGUCAGAACAAUAGUUGCUGCUUAUGUGCCUGGACCUCCAAUCAAUCCAAGAGUCACAGACACAACCAAGAGCACUGCCACUCUGAACUGGGGGAAACCUCUUGAUAAUGGUGGACUUGAAGUUAGUGGAUAUGUGAUUGAACACAAGAAAGAAGGAACCGAAGACUGGGUGAAGGACACCCCUUCAUCUCCACUUAGGAUCACAGAGUUUGUUGUUCCCGGGCUGGAAACUGGUGCAAAAUACCACUUCAGGAUUAGCGCUGUGAAUGCUAAGGGGGCAGGAGAACCUGCCGAAACUCAGGAGCUGUUUGAGAUCGUAGAGCGUGCAGCUGAACCAGAUUUGGAGCUGGAUGUUGAACUGAGAAGAACCCUUGUCGUCAGGGCCGGCUGCUCCAUUCGUCUCUUCGUGCCAAUCAAGGGACGCCCUUCACCUACUGUCACCUGGACAAAGGAUUGUGGUUCUGUCCCACGUGCAGUCAUUGACAGCACUGAAUCAUUCACUAUGCUGAUCAUCCCUGAGAGUUCAAGGAUUGACGUGGGUAAAUAUACGCUGACCCUCGAAAACUCUGCUGGAAAGAAGAGUGCCGAUAUACAAGUGAGAGUACUGGACUCACCUGGACCUCCACUUAACCUAAAACCAGUCAAGAUUGAUAAGGAAAGCAUUUCCCUACAGUGGGAGAUGCCUCUUGUCGAUGGAGGAGCUAAGAUCACCAACUACAUCAUUGAGAAGAGAGAAUCAACGCGCAAGGCUUUUGCUACCGCUAUUACAAAAUGCCCAGCCACUUCGGUUAGGAUUGGUGAUCUGGGUGAAGGCUGUGAGUACUACUUCAGAGUGUCUGCUGAGAAUGAGUACGGCAUUGGUGAGGCAGCUGAAACCGCUGAUCCAAUCCGUGCAUCACAAGCACCAACUCUUCCAGAGAGCAUUAUUCCCACCGAUAUCACCAAAACCUCUGUUAGCCUGGCCUGGACCAAACCAAAGCAUGAUGGUGGAAGCAGAAUUACGGGAUAUGUCCUCGAAGCCCAGAAGAAAGGAACUGAUCAGUGGGCCCAUGUAACAGCAGUUAAGACCAUGGACUUCACAGUGAAGAAUCUUAAUGAGAAGGAGGAAUACAUCUUCCGCGUAAUGGCUGUCAACAGCUCAGGUAGAAGCGCUCCACGUGAAAGUAAACCAAUCAUUGUCAAGGAUUCCACUUUGCUGCCACAGUUUGACCUCCGUGGUGUGUGUCAGAAGACUGUUAUUGCCAAGGCAGGAGAUGAUAUCAAGGUUGAAAUUCCAGUUAUGGGACGUCCAAGACCAACCGUCUCUUGGCAAAAGGAUGGCACGGCACUGAAGCUCACACAGAGAACCAAUGUGGAAACUACGUCGGCCACUGUUGUACUCAGCAUCGGCGAAUGCAACAGAGCUGAUAGUGGUCUAUACACUUUAAUAGGAAAGAACAUUGUUGGUUCCGUGACGGACAACAUCAUUGUCAAAGUACAUGAUGUACCUGGACCACCCAAGGGGCCGGUCAGUAUUGUGGAGAUAGCUCGCACCUAUUGCAUUUUUGCAUGGGACACUCCUGAGAAUGAAGGAGGUGUUCCAAUAAACAAUUAUGUUGUUGAGAUUAGAGACACCACUUCCCAAACAUGGACGGAGCUGUCGUCCACGGUCAUCCGUACUAUAUUCAAAGCCAUUCGCUUAAACACUGGAUCAGAGUACCAGUUCAGAGUGAAGGCUAAGAACAGAUAUGGGGUCGGACCUCCCAUCACCUCAUCGGCAGUGGUGGCUGCCUAUCCUUUCAAAGUCCCUGGACCUCCUGGUACUCCUGGUGUUGCUGCAUUUACUAAGGACUCCAUAACAAUAGGCUGGAAUGAGCCUGUGGUUGAUGGUGGAAAUGAAGUAAUUGGUUAUCAUGUUGAGAGGAAAGAGAGAAGCAGCAUCAUGUGGCAGAAGAUCAGCAAGAGUCUUGUGAAAGGAAACUUAUUCAAAUCCUCAGGCCUUGAAGAUGGAGCCGCCUAUGAGUUCCGUGUUAUGGCUGAAAACAUGGCUGGAAUCGGUAAGCCCAGCAAAGCCUCAGAACCAAUACUUGCCUUGGACCCUGUAGACCCACCGGGUCAGCCUGAGCCAAUAUUUGUCAGCAAGAAUGUCAUCACCAUUCAGUGGACAAAGCCUGAGUAUGACGGUGGCUUCAAAAUCACUGGUUACACAGUGGAGAAGAAAGAACUGCCUGCUGGGCGAUGGAUCAGAGCCAACUUCACCAACAUCACUGAGACCACAUUCACAGUUAGUGGACUGACUCAAGAUGCCUCUUAUGAGUUUCGUGUUAUAGCCAGAAACUCAUUGGGGGCAGUGAGCUUGCCCUCUGAGUCCUCAGACCCAAUUACCUGCAAAGAUGACAUAAUUGAGCCACGCAUUAUGGUUGAUGCCAUCUUUAAGGAUGUUGUUCUACUGAAGGCAGGAGAGUCCUUCAGGCUUGAUGCUGACAUUGCUGGUCAACCAACCCCAUCUAUGGCUUGGACCAAGAAUGGAAAGGAGCUUGAGAACACGAUAAAACUAGAUGUGAAGUUCACAGAACUAACAACUACUGUGACCAACAAGGACUCUAUUAGAUCAGACGGAGGUGAAUUUGUUUUGACUGCCACUAAUGUUGGUGGAUUUGCUAAACAUAUCUUUAAUGUUAAAGUGUUUGAUAGACCUGGACCACCAAUUGGACCUCUUGAAGUGUCCAAUGUCAACUCUGAUAACUGUGUGAUCACCUGGGCUCCACCUGCAGAUGAUGGAGGUGCCAAGAUUGAAGGAUACGUGAUUGAGAAGCGUGAGUCAAGCAGACUAGUAUGGACCAAUGUUGUUUCAGACUUGCAAGUUACACAACAUAAGGUAACCAAGCUGCUCAAAGGAAAUGAAUAUAUCUUCAGAGUUAUGGCAGUAAACAAAUAUGGACUUGGCGAGUCUCUCGAUUCAGAACCUACUAUUGCAGACAACCCAUAUGUGGUUUCUGAUCCGCCAGGGAAUCCUGAGGUGACAGCUAUUACUAAAGAUUCAAUGUUUGUUAUGUGGCAAGUGCCAUUGAGUGAUGGUGGAACUCCUAUCACCAACUACAACAUUGAAAGGAAGGACAAAAUAGGCCUCCGCUGGGUCAAAUGCAACAAGAGGAAGGUCAAAGAUUUACAAUUCAAGGCAACAGGCCUUGUUGUCGGACAUGAAUAUAAAUUCAGAAUUGUUGCUGAGAAUGCUGCUGGCCUGAGUGCUCCAAGUAUCUCGAGUCCCUUCUACAAGGCCACUGAUGCACUGUACAUACCAGGGGCCCCGUGCAACCCAAGAAUCUUGGACACAACCAAGUCUUCAAUCACUGUCGCCUGGAACAAACCUGUAUACGAUGGUGGCUCUGAAAUCACUGGCUACAUUGUGGAGACCUGCAUCCCAUCUGAAGAGGAGGAAUGGAUCAUUGUUACACCCAAAGAAGGACUAAUUGCCACCUCAUUCACAAUUCUUAACCUGAAAGAGAACCAGGAGUACAAAAUCAACAUAUCUGCCCUCAACAGUGAAGGAGUUGGAGAGGCAGCAUCUGUACCUGACAAUACCAAGGCAGAAGACAGGCUUCUGCCACCUGAGAUGGAGUUGGAUGCUGAGCUCCGCAAGGUUGUAAGUCUUCGAGCUUGUUGCUCACUUCGCCUGUUUGUGCCUAUCAAAGGUAGACCAUCUCCUCAGGCUACAUGGACCAAAGGAGAUGGUGAACGCAUCGAGAGGGCAACCAUUGACAGCACAACAUCAUACACCUCACUUGUAAUUGAAAAUGUCAACAGAUUUGAUAGUGGAAAGUAUAAUCUUACGAUCGAAAACAGCUCUGGAUCCAAGACAGUGACAGUUCAAGUCAGGGUGCUUGACACACCAAGUGCCCCUCAGGCUCUCAAAAUCACUGCUAUAACAAAGGAAUCUGUCACUCUGACUUGGGAGCCACCUGCUAAUGAUGGAGGAGUUAAGGUUAAAAACUACAUUGUUGAAAAACGUGAGUCCACCAGGAAAGCAUACGCCACAGUCAGUGCUAACUGCCAUCACACCACCUUCAUAGUUGACCAGCUCUUAGAAGGAUGCAACUAUUAUUUCAGAGUUUUGGCUGAGAAUGAAUAUGGCAUUGGCCUGCCUAUUGAAUCUGGUGAAUCUGUUAAAGUAUCUGAGAAACCACAGCCACCCGGCAAAAUCUCUCUGAAGGACGUUACCAAGAGCAGUGUCACUCUCUCCUGGGAGAAGCCCGCGCAUGAUGGUGGCAGCAGGGUGGGCUGCUAUGUUGUUGAGAUCCAGCCUAAGGGUGUCGAUAACUGGGCCCAGUCAGUGAUUGUAAAGGAAACUGAAGCAACUAUUCAAGGACUUAAUGCAGGUGAGGAAUACAUGUUCCGUGUCGCAGCAAGGAAUGAGAAGGGAACAAGUGACCCACGACAGAUUGGGGUACCUGUGGUUGUAAAAGAUCUUGUGUUUGCACCUGUUGCCAAGAUGUUGUUCACCACAUUCAGUGUGUUAGCAGGAGAAGAUCUGACAGUAGAGAUUCCUUACGUUGCACGUCCCAAAGCAGAUGUCUCCUGGGUAAAAGAUAGUCAGCCUCUAAAGAGAACCACCAGAGUAAACUUUGGCACCACAGAAACAAUGCUGAACCUCAAAAUAAAAGAGGCUACCAGAUUUGAUGUUGGACAAUAUCAUAUUACCAUUAGUAAUGCAGCAGGAGAGACAACAGUGGAUAUUGGCAUCGUUGUACUAGACAAACCAGGACAGCCGGGUGGUCCAGUUAAGUUGGAGGAGGUGACUUCUGACAGUGUAACCAUCUCCUGGAACCAACCAGAAUAUGAUGGUGGAUGCACAAUCAAACACUACAUUGUGGAAAAGAGAGACACAUCCGCUUCUACUUGGAUGGUUGUUUCUCCUAACCUUGCAAGGACUAAAAUAAAGGCAGGCAGGUUGAAGACUGGUUCUGAAUAUCAAUUUAGAAUCACAGCAGAAAACAGAUAUGGAAAAGGCCCAGCGCUUCUCUCAGAGUCCAUUGUAGCUCAAUACCCAUACAAGCUCCCAGGACCACCAGGUACACCGUCUAUUGCAGUCUGCACCAAGGACAGCAUGGUGGUGGCCUGGAAUGAACCUGUCAAUGAUGGUGGCAGCAGCAUCUUGGGUUACCAUCUGGAACGCAAGGAGAGAAACAGCAUCCUUUGGGUCAAACUCAACAAGUCUCUUAUUACCGACCAAACCUUCAAGACUGCUGAUCUUGAACCAGGCAUGGAAUACGAAUACAGAGUUUACGCAGAAAAUAUUGUCGGAACCGGCAAAGCAAGCAAAGUAUCUGAGGGAAGAUUUGCCAGAGAUCCAUGUGACCCCCCUGGGAUCCCAGAGGCUACACAUAUCACAAAGGAAUCCAUCACCAUUGUAUGGGAAAAGCCUGAAUAUGAUGGUGGUGCAAAGGUUACUGGUUACGUGGUGGAAAAGAAGGAGCUUCCUGAAGGUCGAUGGCUGAAGGCCAACUUCACCAAUGUGAUUGAGACCGAAUACGUUGCGACUGGACUUGUGAUGAACAAUCAGUAUGAAUUCCGUGUAAUUGCCAGAAAUGCUGCUGGUGUUUUCAGCAUGCCCUCUUACAGUACCGGCCCUAUAACUGCCAAGGACGAAAUUGAACCACCCAGCUUCAGCAUUGACCCAGAGUACACACAGACUAUUUUAGUUAAUGCCGGAGAUAACUUCAAGAUUGAUGCUGAUGUUCGUGGAAAACCAUUGCCCUCUAUCCACUGGAUGAAGGGAGAGCAGGAGCUGGGCAACACUAUUCAUAGAGAAAUCAAUAACACACCAACCAAAGCUUAUAUAUCUGUCAAGGAAGCUAAACUUUCAGAUGGAGGUCAGUACACUAUGCUGCUGAAAAAUCCGGGCGGAGAAAAGGCUGUACAGGUCAAUAUUGUUGUCCUAGAUAAACCUAGCGAACCACAAGGACCUUUUGUUGUCACAGGAAUAACCAAAGACCGAUGCUGCCUUGCAUGGAAACCACCACUUGAAGAUGGUGGCAGCAAGAUCUCUCACUACAUUGUAAAGAGAAGAGAGACAAGCAGGCUGGUCUGGACUGUCGUUGAUCCAAAAGUGGAGAACAUUUGUUUGAAGGUCACAAAGCUCUUGGAAGGAAAUGAGUACAUCUUCAGAGUCCAGGCUGUCAACCAGUUUGGAGUUGGAGCAGCACUUGAGUCUGCACCUGCUGUAAUUUCAGAUCCAUUUGCGGUGCCUGGAACACCUAAGAGCUUGGAAGUUUCAGAUAUUAAGAAGGAUUCAAUGGUGCUCACCUGGGAGGCUCCUUCUGAAGAUGGAGGCAGCCCUAUCACUGGAUACAUAAUUGAGAAACAUGACAAAGAAGGUGUAAGAUGGACCAGAUGUAACAGGAAAACAGUCAAUGACUUGACUUUCAAGGUCACUGGACUAAUGGAAGGCCAUAUUUACGAAUUCAGAGUUGCUGCUGACAAUGCGGUUGGCGUUGGGGAGCCAAGCUCCCCAACUGUGUUCUUCAAAGCACUUGAUCCCAUCUUCAGGCCCGGCCCACCACAUAAUCCAAGAGUCACUGACACAACUAGGACAUCAGUAUUCCUGUCAUGGAGCAAGCCUGUCUGUGAUGGAGGCAGUGAGAUUCAGGGAUACGUGGUUGAGUGUUGCCCUACCACAGAGUCACCGGUGCCAGCAGUGGCUCCUGAUGAAUCCCUGGCUGAAGUCCUGGGUGCCGAGGCACCCACCCUAGGUGCCCCUACCGAGGAAUGGAAAAUGUGUACACCUCCAACAGGUGUCAAAAAGACCAAGUUUGAAGUUGUAAACCUGAAAGAAAACCAGGCAUACAAGUUUAGAGUAUGUGCUAUCAACAAAGUCGGAGUUGGUGAGAAUGGUGAUGUUUCUGGAGCUAUUGUUGCCCAGGACAGGGCAGAGGAGCCAGACCUUGACAUUGACCCAGAACUGCGAAAGAUUGUGACCAUCAAAGCUGGAGCAUCCCUUAGGCUGUUUAUUCCUGUCAAAGGAAGGCCCGCUCCUACCAUAAAAUGGGACAAAGAUGAAGCUGAACUUAAAGAGACAGCCCAGGUCGAGGUGACCAGCAGUUACUCAUCCCUUGUAAUAGACAAGUUGAGCAGAAAUGACAGUGGAAAAUACACAAUCACAGCAGAGAACACCAGUGGAACCAAAUCCGCAUUUGUGGUUGUCCGUGUUCUUGACACACCUAGUGACCCUGUCAACUUGAAAGUGAAAGAAAUAACCAACCAGUCGGUGACACUUGUAUGGGAACCACCUCUGUUGGAUGGUGGGUCCAAGAUCAAGAACUACAUUAUUGAAAAGAGAGAAAGCACACGCAAGACAUACGCAGCUGUUGUAACAAAUUGCCAUGCUCUUUCAUUUAAGAUUGAUUCUCUCCAGGAGGGUUGUAGUUACUAUUUCCGAGUUCUUGCCGAAAAUGAAUAUGGUGUCGGUCUGCCUGCGGCAACUGUCGAUCCUCUUAAGGUGUCAGAGGUGCCCCAAUGUCCAAAGACCUUGAUUGUUACAGAUCAAACUCAAACAAGCAUUUCUUUGGCUUGGGAGAAGCCUGAGUAUGAUGGUGGUAGCAGAGUUAUUCAGUACCUGCUCGAGGUGCAACUCAAGGGCCAGGAGAAGUGGUCUGGUGUCAACACAUUUAAGACAAUGGAGACUACAGUAACUAAACUGAACCCAGGAGAUGAGUAUAUAUUUAGAGUUAUAGCAAUCAAUGAUAAGGGAAAGAGCGACCCCAAAGUCCUUGCUGGUCCAGUGAUGACCAAAGAUUUGGUCUAUGAGCCAGAUGUUCGACCAGCAUUUAGCAGCUACAGUGUAAAAGUGGGAAAAGACCUCAACAUUGACAUUCCCUUCUUUGGAAGACCUAAACCAACUGUCUUAUGGACAAAAGAUGGAGCCUCUUUGAAAUUUACUACCAGAGUCAACAUUCACAACACACUAACACAUACAACCUUGAGCAUUAAGGAGGCAGCAGGUGAUGAUGGUGGCAUGUACAGUAUACACGUUGCUAACUCAGCUGGACAGAAAGACACAACAGUUGAAAUUAUUGUUCUUGACAAGCCCAGCCCUCCAUCCGGACCUGUGAGGUUUGAUGAAAUCACAACACAGAGUAUCACUCUUUCGUGGGAUCCACCAAAGCACAAUGGUGGAUGCCAGAUUUCUAACUACAUCGUACUGAAGAGAGAUACGACUUCAACAACAUGGGAAAAUGUCAGCCUCAACUAUGCCAGAACAACCAUUAAAGUGCCUAGACUGAAGGCUGGAGCCGAGUACCAGUUCAGGAUCAUUGCUCAGAACCGCUAUGGCAAGAGCCAUGGGCUGGACUCAUCUAGUGUAGUGGCUCAGUACCCAUACAGAGAGCCAGGACCACCAGGCACCCCCUUCAUCUCGUCUCUGUCCAGAGACCACCAAAUUGUUGAGUGGCAUGAGCCUGUCCAAGAUGGAGGCAGCACAAUUCUGGGCUACCAUCUCGAAAGGAAAGAGAGGAAUAGCAUCCUCUGGAUCAAGAUCAACAAGACACUUAUCCAUGAGACUGUUUUCAAGAGUCAACCCUUGGAAGAGGGUGUUGAGUAUGAAUACCGGGUUUCUGCUGAAAACAUUGUUGGCAUUGGCAGGUGCAGUAAGGUCUCUGAGGGCUUUGUUGCCCGUGACCAAUGUGAUCCUCCUGGCACACCGGAGGCCAUCCAUGUUACCAAGGACACCAUUGUUAUCCACUGGACCAAACCUGAGUACGAUGGUGGCAGUAACAUAACUGGCUAUACUGUGGAGAGGCGUGAUCUGCCAGAGGGAAGGUGGGUAAGGGCGAACUUCACUAAUGUGAUUGAGACCAAGUUCACUGUCACUGGUCUGACUGAAAAGGCACAGUAUGACUUCAGAGUCAUUGCUAAAAAUGCAGUAGGCACAGUCAGUAAGCCGUCCUACAACAGCGGACCAAUUACUGUAAGUGAUGAGUGGGAAGCACCCAAAUUCUCCAUUGACCCAGCAUUCAUCAAGACCAUUACCAUCAACGCUGGAGAAACCUUCAAGCUGGAUGCUGAUGUCCAUGGCAAGCCGCUACCUACAAUCCAGUGGUUCAAGGAUGAAAAACCAAUCGAAAAUACACUCAGACGAGAGAUUAAAAACACAAAUAACCAUGCUAUGAUUGUCAUUAAGGACUCUGUUAGAAUUGAUGGUGGCUAUUACACACUCCAGCUUACAAAUGUGGCUGGCAGUGAAACAGUACCAUUCCAGGUUGUGGUCCUGGACAGGCCUAGCCAAUGCGAAGGACCCCUCCACAUCGCUGCAGUAGCUCAAGAUAGAUGCACACUGGUAUGGCAAGCCCCUCUUCAUGAUGGAGGUAGUCCUAUUAAGCACUAUUUAAUCGAAAGACGAGAGACCAGCCGUCUAGCUUGGACUGUUGUUUGCAACUGCUGUGAAACUACAUGCUACAAGGUUACCAAACUACUGGAAGGCAAUGAAUAUAUAUUCCGUGUCAUGGCAGUCAACAGUUUUGGUGUAAGUGAGCCACUGCAGUCUAGUGGAGUGGUUAUGAAGACUCCAUUCCUACCUCCUGGUCCACCUCAUAUUGAGGAUGUAUCCAACAUUGCUCAUGAUGGCAUGACAGUUACUUGGUCCGCCCCGGACACUGAUGGUGGCAGUGAGAUUACCAAUUACAUAAUUGAAAAGAAGGACAGAAAUGGAAUAAAAUGGACAAGAUGCAACCGACAGAAAGUCACUGAUCUCUCCUUUAGAGCUACAGGCCUAACCACCGACCAUGAAUAUGAAUUCAGAGUGUCCGCUGAGAAUGUAGUUGGAGCAGGAGAACCAAGCCUUCCAAGUUCAUACUACAAGGCCAGUGAUCCCAAGUAUAAGCCUGGUAGCCCAACAUAUGUGAAUGUGAUUGACUCUACAAAUAGUUCCAUUACAGUGUCAUGGGGUAAGCCUCUGUCUGACGGGGGGUGCACCAUUCAAGGGUACAUUGUUGAAGUCUGCAAAGCUGAGGAGGAAGAAUGGACCAUGGUUACACCCGCCACUGGACUGCGCGUCAACAAGUAUGAAAUUACCAAACUGACUGAGGGUCAGGAGUACAGAUUACAGGUGUGUGCUUUGAACAAGCUGGGGGUUGGUGAGCCAGCAGCUCUCCCUGGAACAGCUAAGCCAGAGGAAAGGUUGGAGCCACCACAGAUCCACCUAGACUCAGAGCUGAGGAAGGGCAUCACAGUGAAAGCUGGUGGAUCUGUUAGAAUCCAUGUUCCCUUCAAGGGCAGGCCAACCCCUGAGAUUAAGUGGACUAAGGAUGAGGGAGACUUGACUGAAAAAGCGGUGGUUGAGAAAGCUCUCAACUUUACACACUUGUCCAUUGACUCAUGUGACAGGAGCGACUCUGGAAAAUAUACUCUGAGCCUGACCAACAGCAGUGGGACUGUAUCUGAGUUUGUUGUUGUCAAAGUCCUGGACACACCUGGAUCACCACAGAAACUUGUGGUUAAAGAAGUCAAAAAGGACAGUGUCACUCUUGUCUGGGAUGCACCGCUGAUUGAUGGAGGUUCCAAAAUCAAAAACUAUGUCAUUGACAAACGUGAAUCAACCAGAAAGACAUAUGCAAAUGUGUCAACCAAAUGCACCAAGACCACAUUCAAAGUGGAGAACUUGGUUGAAGGUGCAAUGUACUACUUCAGAGUCAUGGCUGAGAAUGACUAUGGAAUUGGCCAGGCUGUUGAAACAAAGGCAGCUUUCAAGGCCUCCGAAGUACCACUGCCUGUUGGAAAAAUCUCCGUCACUGAUGUCACCAAGGCAACUAUCUCACUAGCUUGGGAGAAACCUGACCAUGAUGGCGGCAGUAGGAUUGGAGGCUACCUGAUUGAGAUGCAACCCAAGGGUACAGAAAAGUGGGGAGUUGCAACAAAUACAAAGACGUGCGACGGGACUGUCACAGGCCUCACCGAGGGAGCAGAAUACUUAUUCCGAAUCAUUGCUUACAAUGAGAAGGGCAAGAGUGAACCAAUGGCACUGGCUGCACCGGUUGUAGCCAAUGACAUAUCCAUGGAGCCCAAUGUUACCAUGCAAUUUAACACCUACAGUGUAUUAGCUGGAAAGGACUUGAAGCUGGAGUUCCCUUUGCUUGGCAGACCCAAACCUAGAGUCUCCUGGUCCAAAGACGGUCAACCUUUAAAGGUGACAUCCAGAAUCAAUGUAAUAAACAAGCCAACAACAACUGGAAUUCAUAUUACUGAGGCAUGCAAGGACGACUUUGGCAAAUAUUCCAUCAUAGCAACCAAUAGUGCCAGCACAAUCACCAAGGAUGUGUCUGUCAUUAUCCUGGACAAGCCUGGUCAACCAAAAGGUCCAGUAAAGGUUGUUGAAGUGAGCAACACCUUUGUUCAUCUCUCCUGGGAGCCACCUGUGUACCUGGGUGGAUGCCAGGUAAAGAACUAUAUUGUGGAGAAAAGGGACACCACCACCCAAACAUGGCAGCCAGUCACAACACAGCUUGCUAGAACAGCUUUCAAGGUCACCAAGCUGAAGACUGGUGCAGAAUACCAGUUCAGAAUCAUAGCUGAAAAUAGAUAUGGAAAAGGUGCACCUCUUGACUCCAAGUCCAUCGUUGUUCAGUAUCCAUACAAACCACCAGGGCCUCCGGGAACACCAUUUGUCAAAUCUGCAUCAAAGGAAAUGAUGAUCAUUGAAUGGAAUGAACCAGUAAAUGAUGGUGGAAGUACUGUUAUUGGCUAUCAUCUAGAAAGCAAGGAGAGAAGCAGCAUUAUGUGGAACAAAUUGAACAAGAUGCUCAUCAACGAUACUCAGUUCAAGAUCUCCAAUCUAGAGGAGGGUAUUGGCUAUGAAUUCAGAGUUUAUGCUGAAAACAUUGUUGGCAUUGGCAGGUGCAGUAAAGUCUCUGAGUCCUUUGUUGCUCGUGACCCAUGUGAUCCUCCUGGUCCUCCUGAAGCUGUAUCUAUUUCUAAGACCAUAAUCAAAAUUCAGUGGACCAAGCCUCAGUAUGAUGGUGGCAGCAAGGUGAAUGGAUAUAUUGUGGAAAAGAAAGAUCUUUCCUCUCCUGAUGGACACUGGGUAAGAGCUAAUUUCACCAAUAUCAUUGACACUGAGUAUACCGUCACUGGCCUGACAGAGAAUGAACAAUAUGAAUUCAGAGUUAUUGCAAGAAAUGCAGCCGGAGUCUAUAGCAUGCAAUCCGACAGCUCUGGACCUAUUACUGCUACUGAUGAAAUUGAACCACCAAGAGCUUCAAUGGAUCCUAAAUACAAGGAUGUUAUUAUUAUCAAUGCGGGAGAACACUUGCUUCUGGAUGCUGACAUCUAUGGAAAACCAAUUCCUGAUGUCACCUGGCUAAAAGAGGGAAAAGAAAUGGACAAAGCCCUACGCAUUGACGUCAAAACUACACAGAAACAAGCAGCCAUGACCAUUAAGGAUGUGACCAAGCUUGAUAGUGGCCACUAUGACCUCGUCCUCAAAAAUCUAGGUGGUACAAAAACCUUCCCUAUCACUGUCAAAGUUCUUGAUAAGCCAGGUCCACCUGCUGGACCCAUGAGAGUGACAGGAAUUAUGGCUGACAGGUGCGUCCUUUCCUGGGCUGAACCAACUCUGGAUGGCGGGGCUAGUAUUACUCACUAUAUCUUGGAGAAGAGAGAGACUAGCAGGUUGUCCUGGACAGUAGCUGCACCAAAUGUCAAGGGUUUGUACCAUAAAAUUAUGAAUUUGCUUCCUGGAAACGAAUACAUUUUCAGAGUAAAGGCAGUCAACAAAUACGGUGUUGGCGAUUGUCUCGAGAGUGAAGCCAUCACUGCACGCAAUCCUUACAAGCCACCCAGUGCUCCUGGAACUCCAGAAGCAAGUCAGAUCACAAAGGAAUCCAUGCUUCUGUCGUGGACGGUCCCAGAACAGACCGGCGGAGCUGAAAUUGAAGGCUACCACCUUGAAAAACGUGACAAAGAUAGUGUGAGGUGGACCAAAUGCAACAGACAAAAGCUGACUGACAACCACUUCAACGUCACAGGUCUGAUGACCGACCACUUCUAUGAGUUCCGUGUCGCUGCUGAAAACAAGGAUGGAAUAGGAGACCUUAGUGAAUUGUCCAUGCUUCAUAGAGCUUGUGAUGCCACAACACCACCUGGACCUCCACACCACCCUAAAGUGACGGACUACACAAAGUCUUCUGUGUCUCUGUCCUGGGGUAAACCCGACUUUGACGGCGGUGCCUAUGUAAAGGGCUACAUCGUUGAAAUGAGGGAGUAUACACCAGUGCCCGAUGAAGCAGAGGAGGCGGAGGUAGCACCAGCAAUAGAUGCACCGGUUGAAAAGAAAUGGACCAUGUGUACUCCACCUACUGGUACACAAGCCACUAAACUCACCAUCACAGACCUGAAGGAGGGCGGAGAGUACCAGUUCCGCGUCUGUGCGAUCAACUCUGAGGGAGUGGGGGAGGCCGCUAAUAUCCAAAGCACAGUAGUUACUUCUGACAGAGUGGAAGCACCAGAGAUCGAGCUGGACGCCGAUCUCAGGAAGGUGGUGUCUCUCCGCGCAGGUGGAACUCUGCGUCUCUUUGUUACCAUCAGGGGGAGGCCGGAACCCGCUGUGAAAUGGGAAAAAGUUGAUGGUACUCUUACAGAGCGUGCUGGAAUUGACACUACCAGUUCAUAUACUAUGCUUGUUAUUGAUAACGUUAACCGCUUUGACAGCGGUAAAUACUCACUCACACUAGAGAACAGCAGUGGGGAAAAAUCCGCCAUUGUUGCAGUUAGAAUUUUGGAUACACCAAGUUCACCUCAAAAGUUUUCUGUAAAGGAGCUUAAGAAGGAUUCAGUGACUCUUGUCUGGGAUACGCCGCUUACUGAUGGUGGUUCUAAAAUCACAAACUACAUUGUAGAGAAAAGAGAAUCUGUCCGGAAGGCCUAUACCACUGUAACCAGCAACUGCUUGGUCAAUUCAUUCAAGAUUGAAGAGCUGCCUGAAGGUGGAACUUUCUACUUUAGAGUCUGUGCCGUUAAUAAAUAUGGCCAAGGACCGAUGGUUGAAACCAAAGAAAUUAAAGUGUCUGAGGUUCCGCUGCCACCAAGCAAGGUUCGGGUUGUAGAUUUGACAAAGAACAGCGUGACACUGACAUGGGACAAACCUGCUCAUGAUGGUGGAAGCAAAAUUAUGUGCUACAAUGUAGAAUUCAAGCCCAAAAGUGGAGAUAAAUGGGGCACAGCAUGCACAGUUAAGGUAACUGAAGCAACGAUUCCUAACCUGACUCCUAAUGAAACCUAUUUAUUCAGACUUGUUGCAAUCAAUGAGAAGGGAAAGAGUGAGCCAAAGGAUCUCAGUUUGCCUGUGGUCACAAAGGAUGUUACGAUUGAACCAUCGGUCAACUUACUCUUUACCACAUACAGUGUGAAGGCUGGAGGUGACCUUACUUUUGAGGUUCCAGUUAGAGGUAGACCUAAGCCUGUUGUAUCCUGGAGGAAGGAUGGCCUUCCUUUGAAACAAACAUCCUCAGUUACUAUCUUAAACAGUCUGACCAUGUCCAAAAUUAUCAUCAAAGAGGCUGGCAGAGAACAUGUUGGCAAGUAUGAGAUCACCCUGGCAAACACGGGAGGAACUGUCACAGCAGAUAUUGGAGUUGUUGUCCUUGAUAAACCAGGUGCACCUAAAGGUGUCAAAGUCGAUUCGGUGACAUCCGACAGCAUCACACUCUCCUGGUCUCCGCCAGAUUAUGAUGGCGGCUGCUGCAUCAGUAACUAUAUUGUGGAGAAGAGAGACACAAAUAGCCAAGAAUGGCAGAUGGUGGGAAGUAAUGUUGCCCGAACGUCUUUCAAGGCUGGCCGCCUGACACAUGGAGCAGAGUACCAAUUCCGUAUUUAUGCUGUCAACCGUUAUGGAAAGAGUACAUAUUUGGACUCACCUGGAAUCACUGCUCGGUAUAACUUCAAACAACCUGGACCUCCUUCCACACCUAUAGUGAAGUUGGCCACCAAGUCCUACAUGUUGGUGACUUGGAAUGAGCCAGUCAUUGAUGGUGGAAGCCCAGUUCUGGGCUACCAUCUGGAGAGGAAAGAGCGUACUAGCAUUCUCUGGACAAAGAUUAACAGAGGAAUGAUUAAAGACACAGAAUACAAAGUCAAUGGAAUUGAAGAGGGCAUGAUGUAUGAAUACCGUCUCUAUGCUGAAAAUAUUGCUGGUAUCGGUAAAUGCAGCAAGGCCUGUGAAGCUGUGGCAGCUAGAGAUCCUUGUGACCCGCCAGGCACACCAGUGGUCACUAGUGUCACCAGAACAUCUGUCUCCCUGUCUUGGGAUAAACCAGAGUAUGAUGGUGGAGCCAAGGUUUCUGGCUACACCAUUGAACGUAGAGACCUUCCUGAAGGACGAUGGACAAGGUGCAACUUCACCAACGUGCCCGAGACCCACUACGAUGCAACAGGCCUCACAGAGAACAGUCAGUAUGACUUCCGUAUUAUUGCUAAGAAUGCAGCUGGAUUGUUCAGUGAACCAUCCGACAACACUGGCCCCAUCACGGUCAAGGAUGAUGUGGAUCCACCACGCAUCAUGAUGGAUGUCAAGUUCAGAGAGACAUUGUUUGUAAAAGCAGGAGAAACUCUGAAGAUUAAUGCGGACCUUGCUGGACGUCCCGCCCCUGUCGUUUCCUGGACCAAGGACGGCAAAGAGAUUGAGCUGAGAGCCAGGAUCCAGAUUGUUUCCACAGAUACUAGUACUUCUGUCAUUGUGAAAGAUAGCAUCAGAACAGAUUCUGGACAGUACGUUCUGACUCUACAGAAUAUUGGUGGAGCAGUUAACAUGCCAAUAAACUGCAUCAUUCUUGAUAAGCCCGGACCCUCAGCAGGACCUCUGCAAAUCACAAGUCUCACAGCUGACGCGUGCACUCUGUCAUGGGGUCCUCCUCAGGAAACCGGCGGUGCUGACAUCACACAUUACAUUGUUGAGAAGCGUGAAACCAGCCGUUUGGCAUGGACAGUGGUGAAAGGAGACGUCACGAAAACGUACCUCAAAGUCACAGGACUGCUCAAGGGCAACGAAUACAUCUUCAGGAUUUUGGCUGUCAACAAGCACGGACCUGGGGAGUCUCUGGAAUGUGAUGCUGUAAAGAUAACAGAUCCAUACACGAUUCCCACUGCUCCGACUAACGUGGAUGUCACUGCCAUAAGUGGUGAUUCAAUGACCCUUACCUGGCUCAAGCCAGCCAGCAAUGGAGGCAGCCCCAUCACCGGAUAUGUGAUUGAGCGCCGUGAGAAGACUGGUAUGCGCUGGAUCCGUGUGAACAAAAAUCCAGUUGCUGAAUGUACCGCAGUCGCAACCAAACUGCGAAAGGGUUGUGAGUACGACUUCAGAGUCUAUGCAGAGAAUGUGGCUGGUUUGAGUCCUCCAAGUGAACGCUCUGCAUCAUUCAGAGCAAUCGAUCCUCUGGUCGUUGCUUCACGCCCAACAAAGCCAAAGAUUGUCAGCUCAACCAAGGACAGUGUGUCCAUUGUCUGGAAACAACCCAGACAUGAUGGUGGUACUCCGAUCCUUGGAUACAGUGUAGAAUAUAGAGAGUACAUCUGCAAACCAGAGCCAGAGGUUGUUGAAGAGGGAGAAUAUGAGGAGGAGGAGGAGGAGGAGGAGGAGGAGGUACCAGAAUCACCCGAAGAACUUGCAAGAUGGGUUGAGGCAGUCCCUCUUACCAAGAGCAUGGAGUUCACAAUAACUGGACUGAAGACAGAUGCAGAAUAUGAAUUCUGUGUCAUGGCAAUAAACAAAGUUGGCAGCAGUAUGCGUAGCUUAUGUUCAGACGCAGCCACAGCAAUGGACAGAACUGCAGAGCCAUCAUUUGAUGUUGACAUUGAGAUGCGUAAAGUACUUAUUGUCAAGCAUGGCACAGCAUUUACUCUCAGGGUACCAUUCAAGGGCAAACCCGUUCCAUCGGUGGCCUGGAGCAAGGAGGCCGUUGAUUUAAAGGUCAGAGGAACCAUCGAAUCAACAGAGUCAAGCACUUCACUGACUAUUGAAAAGUCAACCAGAAAUGAAUCUGGUGAGUACUGUGUCAGCAUUGAAUCACCACUGGGAACCGCGACACUGCCCAUGAUUGUCAAGGUGCUUGACUCCCCCGGACCUCCUGUCAACGUUAAAGUUUCAGCAGUUACCAGGGAUUCGGCAACCCUCAGUUGGGAAGCGCCAGAGAAUGAUGGUGGUGAUGCAGUGAAGGCCUACCAUGUUGAAAAGCGUGAGGCCAGUAAGAAGGCAUGGGUCUCAGUGACCAGCAACUGCCACGCAUUGACCUUUACAGUGAAAGACCUGCAGGAGGGAGCCAUGUAUUACUUCAGAGUUAUUGGAGAAAACGAGCAUGGAGUUGGUGUCCCUCAGGAGGCAAAGGCCGGAACAAAAAUUACAGAGGUACCAAGUAUACCGAUGAAACUUGGAGUGGCAAAUGUUACCAAGGACAGCGUUACAAUUGCCUGGACAAGACCGGAAUACGAUGGCGGCAGCAGAGUCACUAGUUACCUCAUUGAUGCCCUGGAGAAGGGACAAACCAAGUGGGUGAAGUGUGCCACUGUGAAGACCAUGAACCACACCAUUAAAAACCUGAGGGAGUGUGCAGAGUACUAUUUCAGAGUCCGUGCCGAGAACCAUGCCGGACUUAGUGAACCAAAGGAGAUGAUCAUACCAGUUAUCGUCAAGGAAAUACACGAGGCUCCUGAAUUUGACAUGAAGAAUUACCCCAAGAACACAGUCUAUGUGAGAGCAGGAUCCAACCUUACUUUUGAGAUUCCUCUUACUGCCAGGCCCAUGGCUAAGGUCACUAUGUCCAGGAACAAUGUUGUUAUCCAGGGAUCCAAGAGGCUGCUAACUGUAGUAACUCCAGACAGCCUAAUCAUCACUCUAAAUGAGAGCAUUGCAACUGAUGCUGGCAAAUAUGAAAUCACCGCCUCUAAUGCCGGAGGUACCGCCAAGGUCUUCCUAAUCUUUGUUGUGAUGGACAGACCCGGACCUCCCAUUGGUCCAAUCGAGGUUGGUGAAGUCGGAGAAACCACGGUACAUCUGAAAUGGGCGGUUCCAGAGUAUGAUGGUGGCAGUCCUGUUACCAACUACAUUGUUCUGAAACGUGAAACCAGCACUCCCAACUGGGCAGAGGUGUCAACUAGCAUUGCCAGAAGUUCAAUCAAGGUGACUAAGUUGACCAAGGGAGAGGAAUAUCAGUUCAGAAUCAAGGCUGAGAAUCGCUUCGGUGUCAGUGACCACAUUGACACUAAGCCAAUCAUGAUCAAGCUUCCAUACACUAUCCCUGGGCCUCCAUCCACACCAUGGCUGGACUUUGUAUCCAGAGAGAGCUUCACAGUCUGCUGGAAUGAGCCGGUCAAUGAUGGUGGAAACACUGUGAUUGGAUAUCAUCUCCAGAUGAAGGAAAGGAGCAGCAUCCUUUGGCAGAAGGUCAAUAAGACACCGAUCUCAGGAAACCAGUGGCGAGUUACAAACAUCUGCCCUGGCCUCAUCUAUGAAUUCAAGGUGGCAGCUGAAAAUGCCGCCGGUAUUGGAAAGUUGAGCAAGACCUCUGAAGAGGUUCUUGCUAUUGAUGCCUGCGAGCCUCCAGCAAAUGUCCACAUCUCAGAAGUCACCAAGAACUCAGUCAAACUGGCCUGGCAGAGGCCUCCAUAUGACGGCGGCAGCAAGAUUACCGGCUACAGUGUGGAGAGGAGAGAAGCUGCCAGUGGCAGAUGGGUGAAGGCCAACUUCACAAACAUUAUUGAGCUGGGCUUCAAGGUUUCUGGACUGAACCAGGACGAGACUUAUGAGUUCAGAGUAUACGCCAAGAAUGCUGUUGGGUCCGUCAGCAACCCAUCUCUCAUCGCUGGCCCAGUCACUUGUGUUGACGCAUCCGGUGGCCCUGUCAUUGACCUUCCUCCAGAGUAUCUGGACGUGGUUCAGUUCAAAGCUGGAGUUUCAGUCAAGCUCGGAGUUGGAAUCAUCGCCAAACCUCUACCGACCAUUGAGUGGCUCAAAGACGGAAAAGAGCUUGUGACAUCUUCUCAACUGUCUGUUGAAAGCACCACUGACUCUUCUGCUGUGCUGAUUAAGGAUGCAGCUCGCUUUGACACCGGCUCAUAUGACAUCAAGAUCAAGAAUGUUCUGGGCUCAGCAUCUGCAACUAUCAGGAUUGAAAUCCUAGACAAACCUGGACCCCCUGCUGGCACGAUUAUAUUCAACUCGGUCACAGAAGACAAAAUAACCUUCAGCUGGCAGCCUGUGCCCGAAUCCGACCAGGGCGGUUUCAAGGUGACCCACUACAUCGUUGAGAGGCGUGAAACCAGCCGAGUAGUCUGGUCGACAAUUUCGGACAAGCAUGAGGAGACCUACGCCACCGCCAGCAAGUUGUUGCGUGGAAACGAAUAUGUGUUCCGCGUGAUGGCCGUUAAUAAGUACGGCGUUGGAGAGCCACUGGUGUCUGAGCCUGUCAUCGCUAAGAAUGCCUUUGUAACUCCUGGACAGCCUCGUACUCCUGAGGUCAACACCAUAACCAAGUCCACCAUGGUGGUGGAAUGGGACAAACCAGGUGUAGACGGAGGGAGCGCCGUGACGGGCUACUACCUGGAAAGACGGGACAAGAAGAGCUUGCGCUGGAUCAGAGUUUACAAAGAACCCGUCACUGGCAUCAAACAGACCGUCUACCAUCUGACAGAAGGAAACGAGUACCAAUAUCGCAUCUGUGCCAUUAACAAGGCUGGAGACGGACCAUUCUCUGAUGCGUCAGACUACUACAAAGCUGCAGACCCAGUUGAUCCACCGGAUGAGCCUUGUAAGCUGAAGGUGAUGGACUCCACAAAGACCUCCAUCACCUUGGGCUGGUCCAAGCCAGAAUGGGAUGGAGGCAGUGAGGUGAUCAGCUACAUGGUGGAGAAGCUUGUAGAGGGAGAAACAGAAUGGGCCAUGGUUACCUCCAGGGGAGAGGUCAAGACCACAGAAUACACAGUCCACGACUUACAACCAGACGUCAACUAUUUCUUCCGAGUUUCUGCUGUCAACUGUGCUGGCCAAGGAGAGUCUCUGGAGAUGAUUGAGCCAACACAAGCCAAGGAUAUCCUGGAGGAGGCCCAGAUUGACUCAGAUGUAGCCAUGAGAACACACUAUAUUGUGAAAGCCGGCAAGGAUGUGGAGCUGUCAGUUCCUCUGAAGGGGAGACCUGCUCCCAGUGCGUCCUGGAGUAAGGGAGAAGAAUGUAUUAAUCAUGACUCCAAAUACGAGUUCCACCACUCAGACACUGCUACGGUUCUCGUCAUGCGUGAGGUGACCAAGCUGGACACCGGAAAGUACACAUUGAAGAUCGAGAACGGUGUUGGAGAGCCGAAGUCGCUAACCCUGCACGUGAAGGUUCAGGAUACUCCAGCUCAGUGCAGGAACCUGGUCCUUAAGGAUGUAACCCGUGGACUAGUCACUCUGUGCUGGGAGGCUCCACUUCUCGAUGGCGGUGCUGAGAUCACUAACUACAUUGUUGAGAAGAGGGACUCCUCCAAGAGAUCCUACUCUGCAGUGACAACCAAAUGCACGGACACAACAUACACCAUUGAAGACCUUUCAGAGAAGACAUCCUUCUUCUUCCGCGUGUUGGCAGAGAAUGAGAACGGCGUUGGAGAUCCGUGUGAAACACUUGAGCCUGUGAAGGCCACAGAGACUCCAGGACCAGUCAAAGACAUUUCUAUGAAGGAUUCAUCGAAGACCUCUGUUACUCUGCAGUGGCUUAAGCCUGAUUACGAUGGCGGCAGCAUCAUCUCUGACUAUGUCAUUGAGCAGAAGCUCAAGGACGGGGAUUGGUCAAUGGCAGGAACGAGCCGACAGUGUGAGUUUGAAGUCAAGAAACUCAAGGAGCACUCAGAAGUAUUAUUUAGAAUUGCUGCAAGGAAUGAAAAGGGUAAGAGUGACUUUGUUGAGAUUGGGCCUAUAAAGGUUAUUGACUACAUCAUCACACCUGAGGCAAGCCUUGCCGAGUACCCAAGUGGCCGCCUCAAUGUUCGCCUGGGUCACAAUGUGCACAUCGAGCUGCCAUACGUAGGUAAACCCAAACCUUCUAUUCUGUGGCUGAAGGACAACCUGCCUCUGAAGGAGAGUGACGUAAUCCGCUUCAAGAAGACAGACAACAAAGCCACUCUAAUUAUCAAGAAUGUAACCAAGGAGAUUGAGGGUAAAUACACUCUGACUCUUGACAAUAAAAUCAGUAGGAAAUCAUUCCACAUCUAUGUCGUCACACUUGGACCUCCAUCAAAGCCUGUUGGACCCAUCCGCCUGGAUGAAGUGAGAGCUGAGAGCAUCAUGAUCUCCUGGGAUGAACCCAAUGACGACGGUGGUGGAGACAUCUCCUGCUACGCCGUAGAGAAGCGUGAUGCCACCCAGUCCAACUGGAAGAUGGUCUGCUCCAGUGUGGAGGAUACUCAAUUCAAGGUCCCCAACUUGAUUAAGGGUGUCCAAUACCAGUUCAGAGUUUGUGCUGAGAACAGAUACGGAGUCAGCGACCCUCUCAUCUCUCAGAUGGUCAUUGCCAAGCACCAGUUCAGGCCUCCAGGCCCCCCAGGCAAGCCCGUAGUAUACAACAUCACCAACGAUGGCAUGACCAUCCAGUGGGAGCAGCCCAUCUAUGACGGCGGUACCCCUAUCCAGGGCUUCCAUGUGGAGAAGAGGGAAAAGAACAGCUUCAUGUGGCAAAAAGUUAACACUGUGCUAAUCAAAGAAACCGAUUUCCGAAUCUUGGAGCUCAUAGAAGGUCUGGAGUACUCCUUCAGAGUCUACGCACAGAACGAUGCUGGCUUCAGCCGAAUGAGUGAUGAGAGCAAGCCAAACAUGGCUGUCAGUCCUGUUGAUCCUCCUGGUCAGCCCGACUACACGGAUGUGACGAGUGACUCGGUCACUCUGAAAUGGGACGCUCCAAAACGCGAUGGUGGUAGCAAGAUCACCAGCUAUAACCUUGAAAAACGCCAAGGACAUGGACGCUGGUUCAAGGCCAACUUGACCGACGUACACGACUGCCUUUACACCGUCACCGGGUUGGCAAUGAACGAGCGCUAUGAAUUCAGAGUGACCGCCCGCAAUGCAAUCGGGGUUGUUAGUCCUCCGUCAAACUCCUCUGGUUUGAUUGUGGUCAGAAGUGAGAACGCUUCUCCAAACAUCGAGUUUGGCCCGGAGUACUUUGAGGGUCUGACAGUGAAAGCAGGAGACAACAUCCGGCUAAAAGUGACCAUCACCGGACGCCCCGUUCCCAAGGUCGUUUGGUUUAGAGAUGAUGUUGAGGUCACAAAGAAGAUGAUGGACAUCAUCAACAUAGCUGGAUCCAGCACCCUGUUUGUGAGGGACGCCGAUCGUACACACAGUGGCUACUACACUGUGGAGGCUACUAAUGGAUCAGGAAGCAGGAAGGAGGGCAUCCUUGUCCAAGUUCAAGACACACCUGGGGAGCCGGUUGGACCCAUAACUUUCAGCAACAUUUCAGAGGGUAAAUGCACCCUGACUUGGAACCCACCUGAAAACGACGGCUGCUCCGAGAUCACGCAUUACAUUGUUGAGAAGCGUGAGACCGCCAAGAUUUCUUGGUCUCUGGUGUCAGACGAUUGUGCCGAGUGCACUUUCAAUGUAACUAAACUCAUCAAGACCAAUGAGUACCAGUUCAGGACUUCAGCCGUUAAUAAGUUUGGUGUUGGUAGACCUUUGGAGUCCAGCCCAGUCAUUGCACAGAUGCAAUACACUACUCCUGAUGCUCCCGGCACUCCUGACGCCACUGAGACAACAGGAGAGAGCAUUACACUGAUGUGGACUCCUCCAACAUCUGACGGAGGAAAUCCCAUUCAGCAUUACGUUCUGGAGAAACGGGAAAAGAAGACUGUCCGAUUCUACAAGGUUACAACCAAGAAGCCCAUCGUCGAAUGUGCUCACAAGGUUCUUCACCUAACAGAGGACAUUGAAUACGAGUUCCGUGUCAUGGCUGUGAAUGACGCUGGUGUUGGAGCUCCAAGCAGCAUCUCUAUGCCCAUCAAGGCUGCUGAGCCUAAGGAUAUUCCUUGUGCUCCAUCUGUGGUCUGCGUGUCUGACUCCACCAAUACCUCCAUCAGCCUGGAAUGGUCCAGGCCCGCAGACGAUGGAGGCAUGGUGGUCAUGGGCUACAUCGUUGAAAUGUUAAAGGGAGAAGAGACUGAAUGGAAGAGAGUAAACGAGGAGCUGGUGGCAGAAACAAAUUACACGGUGACUGGUCUACAGACAGGAGCCGAGUACAAGUUACGCGUUGCAGCUGUAAACCAUGUAGGCAGAGGCGAUGCCACGGAGAUUCCCGAGCCAGCUCGGGCUGCUGACAGACUAACACCACCACAAGUGGAUCUGGACGCCACCUUCAAGCAGACACACAUUGUCAAGCCUUCAGGCUCAGUUUGCCUGGGCAUCCACUUCAGAGGAAAGCCAGUUCCCAAUGCCACAUGGGUAAAAGAAGAAGGCGAGCUGGGUGUCAUGUCAGAGGUCAACACUACAGAUGGCUACAGUUCUUUAACAAUUGAAAACUGUUCAAGAAAUGAUACGGGCAAAUACACUGUUAACCUUGAGAACGCUAGUGGCAGCAAAGCCGUUACAUUUACCGUAAAAGUCCUGGACAGUCCUGGACCUCCACAAGCUGUUGCCUUAAAGGAGGUGUCCAGAGGCUCUGUCACACUUAUCUGGGAGCCUCCUCUCAAUGACGGUGGAGCACGAAUCCAUCACUAUAUUGUUGAGAGGCGUGAGGCCAGCCGUCGCACAUGGCAGCAGUCUGGUGGCAAAUGCAAGCAGCAGUUCCUGAAGAUACAGGACCUGUUGGAGGGAGUGCCUUACUUUUUCAGGGUCUCAGCCGAGAACCAGAAUGGCAUCGGUGAGGUGUUUGAGCUCACUGAGCCCGUCAUUGCCACCGCAGAGCCAGCAUCGCCAAAGAGAUUGGACAUCCUGGACACCACAGACAACUCUGUUUCGCUGGGCUGGCUGAAACCCGAGCACGACGGCGGGAGCCGCAUCCAGUGCUACAUCAUCGAGGCCAAGGCAAAGGGUACAGACAAAUGGGUAGUGGUUGCGAACACCAGUAAUCUCACCUAUGUGGUUGAAAAGCUCAACAAGGGCAAUGAGUACGACUUCCGUGUGAAGGCCAAGAAUGAAUCAGGUUCCAGCACACCCAGGGAAACUCUGGCCCCUGUGCUGGUCAAAGAGCCUCAUAUUGAGCCUGCUGCUGACCUCAGUGAGAUCACCAACCAGCUUGUCACAUGUAAUUCUGGCAAAACCUUCAUCAUUGAUGUUCCCAUUAGUGGUAGACCUGCUCCUAAGGUCUCCUGGAAGCUGGAAGAGAUGAGGCUAAAGAACUCAGACAGAGUCUCCAUCCAAACAACAAAGGACAGAACCAGCAUCUCAGUCAAGGAGGCCAUGAGAGGCGAUGGUGGUAAAUACUACCUGACUCUGGAGAACGUGGCAGGAACCAGGACCUUCACUAUCGAAGUUAAUGUCACUGGCAGACCCAGUCCUCCAACCGGACCCAUCGAAAUCUCAUCCAUUACCUCGGAGUCCUGCGUCAUUGACUGGCAAGCACCAGAGGAUGACGGUGGCACUGAAAUCACCAACUACAUCGUGGAAAAGCGGGAGUCCGGCUCCACUGCCUGGCAGCUGAUCAACUCCAGCGUGAAGCGCACGUCUCUCGAUGUUGGUAACUUGACCAAGUACAUGCAGUACACAUUCAGGGUCUCUGCUGAGAAUAGAUUCGGUGUGAGCAAGCACACUGAGUCGGAGACUAUUGUUGCAGAGCAUCCUUUCACACCUCCUGGACCUCCUACAAGGCCUUCGGUCUUCAAUGUCACUUCCAACACAAUGACCCUAAAAUGGGAAGAGCCCUAUCAUGAUGGCGGAAGCAAGGUAACAGGCUACUGGAUCGAGAAGAAAGAAAGGAAUAAUAUCCUGUGGGUUAGGGAGAACAAGAUCCCUUGCUUUGAGUGCUACUGCAGUAUGGAAGGCCUUGUUGAAGGCCUAGAGUACCAGUUCAGGGUUUACGCCAUGAACAGUGCCGGGCUAAGCAAAGCCAGCGAGGCCUCCAAGGGAGCAAUUGCUCAAAACCCAGUUGAUUCACCAAGUAAGCCAGAAGUCACAAAUGUCACGAGAACCACUGUGUCCCUGAAAUGGUCAGCUCCACUGAACGAUGGUGGUAGUCCGAUUGCAGGCUACAUCAUCGAGCGUAAGCCCUACACAUUGACUGGUGAAGGCCGCUGGCUCAAGUGCAACUACACAAAUGUGAUAGACACUUUCUAUACGGUUACCGCCCUGGGAGAAGGAGAACCAUAUGAGUUCAGAGUCAUCGCUAAAAAUGCCAACCAGGUGUUCAGCAUCCCCUCAGAGUCCACUGGCUCUGUGCAGUGCAAGACCGACUUUGAGCCUCCAAAGGCCCAGCUGGACAGCAAACUCCUGACUGAGACUGUCCAGGUCAGAGCCGGUUCAGACCUGGUUCUGGACGCGGCUGUGGGAGGCAGACCGGACCCCAAGGCUUCCUGGGCAAAGGGAACCAGGGAUCUAGAGUUGUGUGAAAAGUACAACCUGCAGUAUACCGCCACCAAGGCCAUGGCCAUCAUCAAGUUCUGUGACAGAGAUGACACCGGAAAGUACAUCCUCACUGUCCGUAACGUAAGCGGAACCAAGACUGCUGAGGUCAACGUCAAAGUGCUUGACACCCCCGGAGUGUGUGAAGGCUGCAUUGAGAUCAGCAAGAUCACAGAGGAGUCGUGCGCACUGAGCUGGAAGCCUCCUCUCGAAGAUGGCGGCGACGAGAUCUCCCACUUCAUUGUAGAAAGGCGGGACACCAACAGACUCAACUGGGUCAUCAUGCACCCCGAGUGCAAAGAGCUGACCUGCAACAUCACGGGCCUGUUCAAGAACACAGAAUACCUGUUCAGGGUCCGGGGAGUCAACAAAUAUGGAGCUGGAGUCCCCCUGCAGUCCCAGCCUAUGGUCGCCAGAAACACUUUCACUGUCCCGACCCCUCCUGGUUCUCCAGAGAUCUUGGUGUCAGGACAAGACUUUGCCACCAUUGAGUGGCUGAAGCCAGAGAGUGAUGGCGGCAGCCCGAUUGUUCACUACCUGGUGGAGAGGCACGAGAGAAAGAGUGCCCGCUGGGUGAAGGUGAACAGGGACGGAGCUUUCCUGGACACCACGCUAAAGGUUUCUGGUUUGACCGAAGGCAACAUCUACCAGUUCAGAGUGACGGCCAUCAACAAGGCCGGAGAAAGCGAACCCAGCGAGGUCUCUCUGUACGUUGUUUGCAGAGAGCCAACAUGCACCCCUGCUCCUCCUUCCAUCCCUCGUAUCAUCGACACUCAUGCCGACAGCAUCAGCCUAGCCUGGUCCCGCCCCGUGGAUGACGGAGGAGCUGAUGUGAUGGGCUACAUCCUGGAGAUGCAGGAGGCCGGAGAUGAGGGGUGGAAGAAGGCCCACGAAAAGACAUUACGUGCUGCAGAGCACGUAGUGACUGGACUUUCAGAGGGAAAGAAGUACUGCUUCAGAGUGGCCGGCUUCAACAUCAACGGUACUGGAGACUUCAGUGAACCAUGCGCUGAAACUGAGCCAGUAGAGAGAAUCGAAAUUCCUGACUUUGAGCUUCAUGAUGACCUGAAGAAGACCAUCUGCCUGCGCGCUGGUGGAUCCCUCCGCCUGUUUGUGAAAGUUAGCGGUCGUCCCGCUCCCGCCAUCACUUGGAGCAAACCAGGUGCUGAUCUCCACAACAGAGGCUUCAUCGACAUCACCACCGGAUCUACCACACUUAUCAUCGAUAGGGUUCACCGCUACGAUGCCGGCAAGUACACAUUGGUGGCCGAGAAUUCUGCCGGGAAACAGGAAGUCAACAUUCUGGUGAAGGUGUAUGAUACUCCUGGACCAACUGGACCAAUUAAGAUCAAGGAGCUCACCAAGGAGUCUGCAACCAUUUCUUGGGAAGCCCCAACUGUCGAUGGCGGUGCUCCUGUUAACAACUUUAUCAUUGAAAGGCGGGAGGCCUCUAUGAGGGCCUACAAGACAGUCACCACCAAGUGCAGUAAAACCUCGUACAAGAUCGACGGCCUCAUGGAGGGCAUGCUGUACUACUUCCGGGUCCUCCCAGAGAACAUCUAUGGCAUCGGUGAGCCGUGCGAGACUCCCGACGUCAUCCUGGUUUGUGACGUGCCCUUGCCGCCACGCAAGCUGGAGAUGAUCGACGUCACCAAGAGCACUGUAAUCCUGGGCUGGGAUAAACCCGAACACGACGGCGGUAGCAGACUGACAGGCUAUGCCAUCGAGGCCAGCAAAAUUGGCACCGACAAGUGGAUGAAGGUGGCCACGCUGAAGACCACGGACUUUGAACACACCAUCGAGAAGCUGAACGAGGGCGAGCAGUACUUGUUUAGAAUCAAAGCAAUCAACAGUAGAGGAGCCAGCGAGCCCAAAGAGCUGGUUACUGCCAUCACUGUACAAGAACAGAGAGUAAUGCCCAUUGUGGACUUCUCCAGUAUUCCUCAGAAGGUCUUCAAUGUUGUGGCCGGCAAGACUCUAGAGUUGGACUUGCCUAUCGUUGGCAGGCCUCCUCCCGUCUGCUCCUGGUACUUCAGAGAUAACAAGAUCAAAAACACAGAUCGCAUCAAGAUCAAGAGCACCGGCAAGUUCUCUAAGCUGACCAUAUCUGAGACCACCAUCGAUGACUCCGGUGACUACGUGCUGGAGGUGAAGAACGUUGUCGGCGUCAUCACCGAGGUCAUCAAGGUCAUCAUCCUCUCUAAACCUGAUGAACCAACCGGACCGUUCAGGAUUGAUGAAAUCGACGCUACCACCGUCACCUGCAGCUGGGAUCCUCCAGCCAGAGAUGGCGGAGCUCCCAUCAGUGGCUAUGCAGUAGAGCAGCGUGAUGCUCACAGACCUGGCUGGGUGCCCGUCUGCGAUUCUGUCAGCCGACCCACCUUUAAGUUUGAGAAACUGAUUGAGGGAGAUGAGUACGUCUUCCGUGCAGCUGCCAUGAAUCGCUAUGGCACUGGAGAAUUCCUUCAAUCUGAGAUCAUCACCUGCAAGAGCUUGAAGAAUGUUCCCGGACCCCCUGGCCGUCCAACCAUCUUCGAUGUUUCUCGUGACGGCAUGACCGUGGCCUGGAACCCACCAGAAGAAGACGGUGGUCUUGAGGUGUCUGGAUACAUUAUUGAGCGCAAAGAAGUCCGGUCAGACAGAUGGGUGCGUGCAAACAAGAAUCCCAUCACCAUGACUAGAUACAGAUCAACAGAGCUCAUCGAGGGCCUGGAGUAUGAACACAGAAUCAUUGCCAUCAAUGCUAGAGGACACAGCAAACCAAGUCUGGUCUCCAAACCAGCAGUGGCAACAGAUCCCAUCGAUCCACCUGGCUGUCCUCAGAACCCAAGGAUCACAGAUACAACCAAGUCCUCUGUGUCACUGGCAUGGAGUCCUCCAGAUGAUGAGGGAGAUGCUAGGCUGGAUGGUUACCUGAUCGAGAUGCAGAAGGUGGGAACCAUGCCUUGGAUCAAGUGCAACACAACGCCUUCUUUAAUUUGCGAGUACACACUGACCAAAAUGCCUCAAGGAGAGGAGUUCAAAUUCCGUGUGAUGGCUUGUAAUGCCGGCGGCUCCGGAGAACCUGCUGAAGUUCCUGGAACUGUGUCUGUGACUGAGAUGCUUGAAUCUCCUGACUAUGACCUUGAGCUGAAAUACAAAGACGUGUACGUUGUACGCCACGGAGGUGUGGUUAGACUCUCCGUGCCCAUCAAGGGUAAACCUCAUCCAUCCUGCAAAUGGUCCAAGGAUAGCGGCGCGGUCUCCACCAAGGCCAUGAUUGCCUCUACAGAGGACGCAAGUGAGUUAGUGAUCAAGGGAGCUGAGAGGAGUGAUUCUGGAGUGUACGACCUCCUGUUAGAGAAUAGGGUUGGCAAGAAGAAGGCCCAAAUCAAGGUGAAGGUCAUUGGCCGCCCAUGUGCACCGGUGGGACCGUUGGUCUUUGAGGAAAUUCAGGCCAACUCUGUCAAGGUCACCUGGAAGAUGCCUGCAGACAAUGGUGGCUCAGAGAUCCUGGGUUACAUCGUAGAAAGACGCGAGGCGGCCAGAAAUGCCUGGUACACCGUGGACUCUAGAGUGACCGACACUCAGCUGGUUAUCAAGGGCCUGAAGGAGGGUACCGAGUACCACUUCAAGAUCACAGCCGAAAAUUCCUUUGGUAUCAGCGCCUCUUUGAAGUCAGAGCAGCCACUGGUACCCAAGACUCCUAUCUGUGCCCCUGAGCCUCCAAGCACCCAACCAGAGAUCCUGGACGUCACCAAGAGCUCUGUGGCAUUGGCUUGGUCCAGACCAAAAGACAACGGUGGUUCUGCCAUCACUGGCUACUUUGUUGAGUACAAGGUGGUAUCGGCUGAAAUGUGGUCCCGACACCAGACCAAGAUUGCUUCCACCAUGUUUACCGUGCCUGGGCUCACCCCGGACGCAGACUACCAGUUCCGCAUUGUUGCUGUCAACAACAUCGGUGAGAGCGAGGCUGGUCCUGUGUCUGACCCGGUCACAUGCAAGGAUCCAUUCGACAAACCAAGUCAACCAGGCGAAAUCGACACAGUGAACGUGACAAAGAACUUCAUCACCAUCCGCUGGCAAGCUCCAGAGUGCGAUGGUGGAAAGGAGGUCAUGGGCUACUGGGUGGAGUACAGGAAGUCCAUUGAGAGUACCUGGAAGAAGUCCAAUAAGCAGAGGCUGAAGGAAAAGGAGUUCACCGUGUCUGGACUGGCUGAGGCAACAGAGUACGAGUUCAGAGUGUUUGCUGAGAAUGAGACCGGAAUGAGUAGACCUCGUAGGACUGCCACGUGCAUCAGGACCAAACUGAGUGUUGAAACUAAACCAGGCCUGAGAAAGGAAAUGGAUGAAGUGACUGCCAAGCUUGGCCAACCUGCCGUCAUGAAGUGCCAGAUUAUUGGCAGACCUCUCCCCGAUAUCAAGUGGUACCAUGCCGGCAAGGAGAUUGUUGAGUCCCGCAAGUAUGAGAUGAGCUCCGACGGCCGCAACCACUCGCUUUCUAUUAUGACGGACCAGCAGGAAGACGAGGGUGAGUACACCUGCAAGGCCAUCAACGACGCCGGAGAAGCCGAGACCACGGGCACUCUGGUGUUGGAGGCUGCAGCGUCCUUCCACCCUGAUUACCCGCUAAAGGAAACCUACUUCGCCGGCCUGGGAUCCACUUUGCGUAUCCAUGCCGUCUACAUUGGGCGUCCUGAGCCAAAGAUCAUGUGGCUGCAUGGAGCAAAGACCCUGGAGAACACAGACGACCUCAAUAUCGAGACCACCGAGCAUUACACACACCUGGUGAUCAAAAAUGUGCAGCGCAGAAUUCACGGCGGAAAAUACAGGAUUAGACUGCACAACCACUUUGGCAGAGCUGAUGCCACAUUCAAUGUCGAGAUUUACGACAAACCUGAGAUGCCUCAGGGUCCCAUUGUGCUGGAUGCUCUCUUGAAGAACUCCGUCAUAAUUAGCUGGAAGCCACCGCAGGACGACGGCGGCUGCAUGAUCACCAACUACAUCGUGGAGAAACGGGAGGACAAGGAGGGCACAGAGUGGGAACUAGUGUCAUCAUCCAUCAACGGCAUAUCUUGCCGCGUACCCAACCUCAUUGACAGCGCAGGGUACUACUUCCGUGUCUAUGCCCAGAAUCGCUAUGGCAACAGUGAGCCACUGGAACUUGCGUCCCCAAUCCUUAUCAAGAGCCAGCUUGAGAAACCAUCACCACCUCUGUCACCAGUUGUUUCUGGAAUCACCAAAGACUCCUGCGUGGUUUCCUGGAAGCCUCCACUUAGCGACGGCGGCUCCAAGAUCAAGAGCUACUGCCUCGAGGAGAAGCACAAGAAGGACAAGAAGGAAUGGAGCAACUGGACUCCAGUGACCACUGAUGAGAUCAAACAGACUGUGAUCUCCGUCAAGCAUCUGACCGAAGGCGCUGAGUGCAUCUUCCGUGUAAAGUGUGAGAACCUAGGUGGGCAGAGCAACUACAGCGAGGAGACUGCUCCCAUUGUUCCGGCCACAACUUUAGAGAUUCGUGCUCCUGCUUUUAAGGAGGAGCUCAGGAACAUGAGUGUCAAGUACAAGAGCAACGCUACCCUUGUCUGCAAGAUCAUAGGGCAGCCGAAGCCUGUGAUUAAAUGGUUUAGACGAGGAAAGGAGAUCCACUCUGAUGGCAAGAAGAUUAAGAUACAAGAGUUCAAGGGAGGCUACCACCAGUUGGUUAUCAUCGAGGCAGAUGAGGAAGACUCCACUGUGUACCAGAUCAGAGCCACCAAUCAGGGAGGCUCCAUCUGUGCUACAGUCUCUCUGGAUGUUGAAGUCCCUGCCAAAAUUCACCUGCCAAAGAACCUGAAGGACAAAGAAGCCAUCCCUGCCCUGCGUGGAGAGAUGAUCAACAUUAAGAUUCCUUUCAGCGGCAAACCAGAUCCUGUCAUCACAUGGCAGAAGGGACAGGAUCUUAUUGACAGCAAUGGCCACUACCAGGUCAUUGUCACCAGAUCGUUUACCUCUUUGGUCUUCACCAAUGGAGUCGAGAAGAAGGAUGCCGGUUUCUACAUUGUCUGCGCCAAGAAUAGAUUUGGCAUUGACCAGCAGACGGUCGAGCUGGAUGUAGCCGACGUUCCCGAUCCUCCACGUGGACUCAAAGCCAGUGAUGUCUCCAGAGACUCGGUCACGCUGAACUGGGUGGCCCCGGCCAACGACGGAGGCAGCCGGGUUAUCAGCUACAUCAUUGAGAAGUGCCCCACCACUGCCGAGAGGUGGGAGCGUGUUGCUCAGUCCCGUGACACCCACUAUACAGUGAUCAAUCUCUUUGGAGGAACAAGCUAUCAGUUCAGAAUUAUCGCUGAGAACAAAUUUGGUCAAAGUGCUCCAUCUGAGUCCAGUGGACCAGUGAUGACCAAAGAGGACAAAUCAAGAGUUUUGCUCUACGAUAGGGAGGUUGAUAACAGCGACCACGUCCCCAGGGGCAAGGUUCACUCUGAGGCCAAGAACAUGCACAACAAAUAUGCCAUUGCAGAGGAAUUGGGCCGAGGUCAGUUUGGCAUUGUCCACCGCUGUGUUAACAUCAGCUCUGAGAAAACAUAUAUGGCUAAAUUCUUUAAGGUGAGAGGUGCCGAUCAAGCAAUUGUCAAGAAGGAAAUUGCCACAUUGAAUCUUGCCAAACAUAUGAACUACCUUCUCCUCCACGAGUCUUUUGAAAGCCCCGAGGAGCUAGUGAUGAUCUAUGACUUUAUUGCCGGCGUUGACAUAUUCGAGCGCCUCAACACAGCUGAUUUUGAGCUUAAUGAGCGGGAGAUUGCUAACUACAUCAGGCAGAUCUGCUCAGCGCUUGAGUUUCUGCAUGCUGAGAGUUUUGGUCACUUUGAUAUCAGACCAGAGAACAUUGUGUACACAACUAGAACCGGCUCUAAUGUAAAGAUUAUUGAGUUGGGCCAGUCCAGGCACCUGACUCCUGGAGACCAAAUAAAGAUCCAGUAUACCACUGCAGAGUAUGCUGCCCCUGAGAUCCACCAGUCUGACAUGGUUAGCACCGUCACUGACAUGUGGUCGGUUGGUGUCCUUGCCUAUGUGCUCCUCAGUGGACUGAAUCCAUUCACAGCUGAGACCAACCAACAGAUGAUUGACAACAUCUCAAACGCAGCUUAUAGCUACGACGAUGAGUCCUUCAAGCAGGUCAGUGUUGAUGCAUUAGACUUUACAGAUCGCUUGAUGACAAAGGAAAGAAAGCAUCGUAUGUCUGCUGCUGAGGCUCUGGCACAUCCAUGGUUAACCAGACCCGUGGAGGAGAUUGGCACCAGGGCCAUCCAGACCGUAAGACACAAGAGGUAUUACCAGACAAUGGUGAAGAAAGAGUGGAAAACUGUUGUCUCUGCAGCUCGUGUGGCCAGCGGAGGCUCCAUCAGAUCCCAGCGUGGCGUCUUCAUCUCCAAGGUGAAGAUCGCGCCGUUUGAACACGGCCCUGUCGGGGGCCAGGUCGGCCAUGUAGUGGCGAAUGAGGGAGACAACGUGAAAUUCAUUUGCAACAUUGAGAACUACGAUAGCACGACUGAAGUGACCUGGUACUGUGGCGUCAGGCAGCUUGAGGCUGGUGACAAGUAUGAAAUCGAGUAUGAGGAUGGCCUGGCUGUGAUCACCAUCAAAAAGGUCACAAGAGCAGAUGACGGCACAUACAGAUGCAAGGUCGUAAAUGAGUAUGGUGAGGACAGUGCUUAUGCAGAGCUGUUCGUCAACGGCGUUAGAUCUUACCGUGACUUCUUCACCACCCGAGUCGUCAAAAAAACAAAGCGCAGAGUCGACACUGCCAGAAUGCUUCAGAAACCACCGGAGUUCACCCUUCCUCUCGUCAAUCGCACUUCCUACAUUGGUGAGGAUGUGCGCUUUAGUGUAACCAUCACCGUUCACCCUGAACCUCGUGUCGUCUGGCACAAAUCCGGACAGAAGCUCAUUCCUGGCGAAGAUGACAAAAAGUACACUUUCAUCAGUGACAAGGGUCUGUACCAAAUGAUUAUCCACAAACUUGAGAAUGAGGAUGAUGCAGAGUACAGCGUCGUGGCCCGUAACAGGUUUGGGGAUGACAGCUGCAAGGCCCGCCUUACCGUUGUUCCUCGACCUAAACCGGCAGACCUCACUCUGAGGCCCAUGUUCAAACGUCUGCUCGCAAAUGUCGACUGCAAAGAGGGCCAGAAUGUACGCUUUGAGAUUAGAGUAUCAGGCCAUCCCGUUCUGAAGUGGGAGAAGGAUGGCAUGCCUUUACCCUUCGGACCAUCAAUUGAGGUUGUGCACGAGGGUCUGGAUUACUUCAUCCUUCAUGUGAGAGAUACUCUCUGCGAGGACUCUGGUGUAUACAGAGUGACUGCGACCAAUUCGGCUGGAUCUGCCAGUUGCCAGGCAACACUCAAAGUAGAACGUGUCAGCCAUGUGAAAAAGGAAUACGAACCCAGUGAAAAGGAGAAAAAGUUAAUGGCUGGGAAGAUGGAGUUAGACAAGAAAGUUCGGCUGUCACAGAUUUUGGCCGACACCGUCUUCAUACCUUUACCAUCGGCAGCAGUGCAAGCUGUCAGGGAGGCAGCCACCAUGUUCAAACCCGCUGUGACAACUAAGAAGGGCGAGAAGACCGAGGCUGAGAUACAGAAAGAAAAACAGGAGAGGAAGAAACGAGCAGAUGAGAAGAGGCUGCGUAUGCCCUAUGACGUGCCGUCUCCUCGGGUCAUAAACCCAGCGGCUCUUGAGGAGGACGUGGAGAUAAAACACUUCCAGCCACUUUCUGACAUGAAAUGGUACAAGACGCUGCGGGAUCAGUACGAGUUUCCUGAGCCUAUGGAUAAAAUCAAGCAGAAGAGAAUGAAGCGUAUCCGCCUCUCCAGGUGGGAGCAGUUCUAUGAGGUGCCCAUCCGGAUUAAGGACCAUUAUAAGCCUAAAUGGCACAUCUCGCUGUUGACUCAGGAUGACUUGGAGAUUGUAAGGCCUGCAAGGCAUCGCUCCCCUUCCCCUGAGAUGGAGACCUACCACAGGAUCAGAAGGAGGUCCCUGGGUGACCUGUCAGAUGAGGAGCUACUGCUACCUGUGAAUGAGUACCUGUCCAUGAAGAGAACUGAGGAGGAGAGGCUGCGUCUGGAGGAAGAGCUGGAGCUUGGUUUCUCGGCUUCUCCACCGAGCCACAGUCCUGUUCGCUUUGAGCUGUCCGCCCUGCGUCCUUCCUCUCCGAAAAAAGUCUAUAGUGAUGACAAAGAGGGAGACAAAAUCUGCAGAUAUGACUCCUACCGAAUUCCGUCAAAAUAUGACGCCGGCACAAGUUAUGUUGACCUCCGCCAGCGGCACGACAAAGCCACAUACAAAGCUCCAAGGCAGAAGCAGAAGGUGUAUGAUGAGAGGGAGGAACAGGAGCUGCUGCGGCCACAUAGAACCGCUCAGAGAAUGUCCGCUUACAAGAGUGAAAUCAAGCGCAUGGAGUUUGAGGAGAAGACUCGGACAUUAAAAAAAGAAUCAACCACCAUUUUAACAACAUACUCUAAGGACAUUGACUCCGAGCACCUGACAUCUUUCACCUCUGAAUAUGUUCCUAAACCAAUCAAGAAGCUCCAAAUGCCUGAACCCGUCAAGAGAACGCAAACCCCAGAUCGAGCUGAAGUUGCCCUUCCUAAAGUGGACUUUGCCUCCAGGUACGAAGAGAGAAAGCAGGCUCUGAGAUUGGAGAGAAAAUCCGUAGAGAGGACCUUUGAGGCGGGGACACAGUCUCCAUUCAGCCUUGACCACACCCCACGUAUUACAAUCAGGCUGCGAUCUCACCGAGUACCCUACGGCUCCAACACAAAGUUCACCCUGAAUAUCCAGGCCAAACCAGAGCCUCAGGUCAAGUGGUUCCACAAUGACAAAGAGAUCCAUCAGACCAGCAAAUACCACAUGACCAACAUCAGUGGGGUUCUGACUCUCAAGAUCAGCAACUGUGAGACUGAAGACUCCGGCACUUACCGCGUGGUUUGCAAGAACACCAAAGGAGAAACUUCUGACUAUGCCACAUUGGAUGUAGCAGGAGCAGAAUAUGCUGCGUUCUCUUCAUUCCACAAAGACGAGGAGCCUCCAUCCUCCCACUUGCCAGAAAUGACCAGAACAGAAGUCUAUCACGUCUCCUCCUCUCAGACAAAGGUUAUGGAAAGUUCUACUGAAACUUUGAAAAAGACCACCACUGUUGUUGAAAAGCCAAGUGUUCCUGCCAAGAUCCUGAGCAAGCCCCGGUCCCUGACUGUGGAGGAGGGAAGUCUCGCCAGGUUUGAGUGUGAUGUGGAUGGCGAGCCAGCACCUUCCAUCACCUGGCUGCACGAAGGAGCUGUUAUUGGUUCCUCGGUCCGACAUCACAUUGUCUCCACUCAGUACAACUCUUCUUUCGAGAUCUCAGCUGUUGAGGCGUCAGAUGAAGGCAGCUACACACUGCUGGUGGAAAAUGCUGGAGGCAAACAAGAGGCCCAAUUCUCUCUGGCCAUUCGCAAGUCUGACUCCAAGGAGAAGGUGGUCGCCCCUCCCAGGAUCACCUCCCCAGAGGCAAAGUCGCCUCUUACAAAGUCCCCUGAACCAGUGAAAUCUCCUCAGAGGGUCAAGUCUCCUGAACCAAUUAAGUCACCUCAGAGAAUCAAGUCUCCGGUCUCACCAAAGUCCCCAACUCCCAAAUCCCCAACUCCAACCACUGUACAAGGCUCAAAAAGCUGCAUUAGCACAGCUGAAGUCUCAGAGCAAGUCAUGAAACAGGAAAUAGUCUAUGAUGAGUUCCUGUCCUCUGUGGAGGAGGAAAAGGCCUGUUGUCUGUUCGAUACCACAGACGUGUCUGAGCACUCGGACGCACCACAGAUCCUGGUUCAGCCCAGAUCCCAGAACGUCAACGAGGGGCAACAAGUCAAAUUCACGUGUGAACUUGCAGGAAAUCCAUCCCCCAAGGUGGAGUGGUUAAAAGACAACAUGAUGAUAUCUGGGUCAUCCAACGUGAGAUUGAGCAGAUCCCUGGCUGUGCACACUCUGGAGAUCUGUGAAGCAACGCUGGCAGACAGCGGGAAAUACACCAUAAAAGCCACCAAUCAGUUCGGACAGUGCUCCGCCACGUCCUCCCUCAGCGUCAUCACACUUGUCGAAGAACCGACACAAAUGAUAAUUGUGGAACAAAGAGUUUCUGCUGCAAGCAUGCAGGAAAGUUUAUCGAACUCUUCCGUUCUGACGGAGGCAGCCGAGUUCUCGUAUCAGAGCAUGUCUGCGUCUAGCAUGUCGGCCAUGACGGCUGAGUCGGUGGUGUCCAUGAGCUCCAGCAACCAAGUCAUGGAGAUGUCUGCUCAUUCGCAUGCCGAUGUCUCUUCCUCCUCUGCAUCCUCCUCCUCACUGAGGCUCAAACGAGGCACCCCCCCGAAGGUUGAAGCCCUCCCGCAGGACGUCAGCACCAAGCUGGGCCAGCCCCUGAGCGUGGCUGGGUUCUUCUCUGGAGAUCCCGCACCCUCGGUGCAGUGGGUCCGCUCAGGGAAGCCUCUCCCUGACAAAGACGGGCGGUGUUGCAUCGAGACCGGCACCGAACUCUCCACCCUGGUGAUCUCUGCAGUGAAGGAGGCCGACGGUGGUGCCUACACCCUUCGGCUCUCCAACGAGCUUGGCUCUGCCUCUGCCACUGUCAACGUCCACGUCCGCUCCAUGUGAACAAAAAUAACAAUUUAUUAUCCCCCCCUUCCCUCCCCCCCGUUUUUUCUCGCUCUUUCAGGACUUUUUUAUUUAGCGAAUUAGCAAUGACAUGGUAAAGUUCUGAAUUCCUGUUCUUGUAAAUAUGAACUAUUUUUGCACCAAACUUGACAUUAAUUUAUGCCAAACUAGACUCAAGUCUAACGUUGUUAUAAAAUGUGCCAUAUUGGACGAUUAAGACUUAAGAUUUUUAAACAACUUUUCUGUGACAUGUACAUAAUGUAUAUAGCCGAAUUGAACGGUUAUGGGAAAUGUAUGCAUUGUUAUUUAUGACAAUAAUAUAUGAACUGACACUAAGUGAAACUAAGUGUAGUUUGACGGGAGAAAGUUCCUCGAGGAACGAAUACCCCGUCAGACGGAGAAACUAAACUCUGUGCCUCAACCACGCGUUGAAGUCUGAAGCUGCCUCGGCGGGUCGAGAGGCUCCCCGACGACGUUACACCACGACAAAGGUCCCCAUGAGCUCCCCCCGCGAGCGACACACAUAUUUAUUACAAUUUCCUACGAGUUGCACCGCCAGUUUUAAGGCCCCGGGCGCCGUUUGCGUACCCUCGCGUUUAUGGCCCCUUGAGCUCCAACCGGCUGACAUCAGGACGGCGGCGGAGCGCGAGCGGCACGAGUCGCUCCGCCGCCGUCCAGCAGCGGGUUUAUUUUUGUUUUAGGGAGCGCCGCUUCCUCCUGGCCUUAAUGAGUAAGAAGUGAAGAGGAAGUGGCGCUGCCUCUUGGAGGAUAUCUAGCUAGCUAAUGUUGAGUUUGUGUGUUUAGAGUGUUUUGCGUGUGUAGCUUUUAGUGGUUUCAGGGUAGUCUUUAUUCUCCACGGCAACAUCAUCUCCUGAGAAAAGACGAGAGGCCCUGCACUUUGAUUUAUCUGAAUAUCUGUACCUCAUCCUCCUUGAGUUUUAUGCAUUUCUGAUUUAAUAAAGCAUGAUUUCAGCACCA